AUGGCCCAAGUGGUUCAGAGCGGGGAGUUCCGUCCUGUCCAACUGGGGGGACAGGAGCCCUCUGCACCUGAAGUAGAAAAGGAUCCUGACAACAAGCAGGCACAAGAAUUAAAAGACCAGAGUCAGAAAACUGAAUCUGCUAUUUCUAACCAAAAGUUUCUCCUACGGAAAUUUUUUGUUGCUAGGGUAAGAUCUUUACUAUAAGUGACAACAUACCAUUGAACUUGAUAAAUUAAAACCCCUUUCAGUGGCGUACACACAAUACAUGGGGCCCCGGUGCAAAACUGAUGGGACCCCCGCCCCCCCCUCUUAUCCCCUCUUUGCUCACCCCCCAACAGACACACGCACACACCCUCUUACAUACAUGCAGAGACACAUACAUACACACAUACAUACAGACACAUACAUACAUAGAGACACACACACAUAGACACAGACAGACACAUACACACACAUACAGACAGACACACACACACACACACACACACACACACAAAGACACAUACAUGCAAACAGACAGGCACACAUACAGACAUACAUACACACAUACAGAUAGGCACACACAUACAGGAAGGCAGACAGACAGACAUACACACACAAACACACACACGGGCACAUAAAGACAGACACACACACAAACACACAGACACGCACAUACAAAGACACAUACAUACAUACAUACACACAUGCACAUACAGACAGACAUUCAUACAGGCACACACACACACGACACACACAAGACACAAAUACAUACAAAGACACAUACAUACAUACAAACAGACAGGCACACAUACAGACAAAAACACACACACACAUACAGACAGACACACACAGACACAUACAUACAGACACACAUACAGACAGAGAGACAUACAUACAAACAAACACACACAUUUACAAAAUAUUUUAGUCACCCUCCUGUUUCCUACCUUUUAGGUGACUUUCCCUGGGGUCCAAUGGUGGCUCUGGCUGGUGGGAGUCAGAGUUUCCACUCUGACUCCCUGUCCUUCCUCCCGCGCAGGCUCUCAGUGAUAGCUGGUAAGAAUGACCGGGGCUGUCACUUCCUCCCAGCAAGGAUGUCGUCACAGGGGGCCCGGUCGUGCUGUUAAAGCGCCCAGCGCUGACCGGGCCUCCUGAAAAUCCAUCUCCACCUGGUGGCCGUAACAACAUUAGACGGCGUAACAGCCCUUAGACGGCGGCCCCGGUGGUUUGCCAGCUGGGCCAGGGCAGCAAAACAUGGCGACUGGUGCCUGGUCGCAGGGGUCCGCAAGGCGGUCGGCCCCCUGGAGUGACAGGCCUGGUCACAGCUGCGACCCCUAUAUGUAUGCCAGUGACCCCUGUAAUGAAUGGCAAAGCUAUUACUGGGUAACAUGCAGCAUAUGAGGGAAAAUAUAGAUCCCCAGGUGUUUUCAGAACUACAACUCCUAUGAUGCUUUGUCAUUAUAAUGUCUUAAAAUCCAUAGCUCUUUUUGUCUUAUCAGGAAAAACAUUGUAUUUAAAGGAUCACUAUAGUGUCAGGAAAACAAACUUGUUUUUCUGACAUUAUAGCACCCUCAGGGCCCCCAUCCCUUGGUGCUGAAGAGGUUAAACCCCUUCAGUUACUUACCUUAAUCCAGCACUCCCUCAGCGCUUGUGACCUCUUGUCCCCCGCCAACGUCAGCUCCCUAGUGGAGUGGAAUGCGCAUGCGUGGCAAGAGCCGCACCCGCAUUCAAACAGUCCAUAGGAAAGCAUUUCUCAAUGCUUUCAUAUGGAUGUUCUACACGCUGGAUGUGAAUUUCGCAUCCAGCGUCGCAGAAGCACCACUAGCGGCUGUCAGGAAGACAGCCACUAGAGGUUGGAUUAACCCUGCAAUGUAAACAUCUGAAGGGUUAAAACCCGGGGGACCUGGCUCCCAGACCACUUCAUUGAGCUGAAGUGGUCUGGGUGACUAUAGUGUCCCUUUAAGUAGAUGUUAACAAUAAUAAUUUGUGGAUACAACUUCUUACCUGCUGAGGAAUAGGUAUUAGUGCUCAUUUGCAGAAAUAUAUUUCAAUAUGUAUUUUUUUAGAGUCUUCAAGGACAAUAGAGGGAAAAAAGAGCCCCAAUUUUUUUUGUUUUAUCAUAUUGCUUGAGAAUGGUUUCCCGCUGCAUCAUGACCACAACAAUAAACUGCAAUUGCUAUGGUGCUUAGAGAUUGCCUUAUGUCAUUUUUUAUCACAUACUCAAAUAUUGAUUAAUGUAAGCUCAAAGACUCUUCCUAGUCUAUGUAACAUUGUUUUUACCCCUUUUAAAGUCGUGGCAAAUCCUUAUAGACAACUAUAGCCUUUAAAGGGACUCUAUAGGCACCAAAACAACUUUAGAUUAACGAAUCAGUUUUGGUGUAUAGAUCUUGUCCAUGCUAGCUCGUAUCUCAGGGUUGAUGUUCCAGGAGGGAUAUGCCAAAUGACAAAUGAUUUAGGUAAACUAGAAAAAUGGUCAGAAUUGUGGCAACUGACAUUUAAUGUGGAUAAGUGCAAGAUAAUGCAUCUUGGACGUAAAAACCCAAGGGCAGAGUACAGAAUAUUUGAUAGAGUCCUAACCUCAACAUAUGAGGAAAGGGAUUUAGGGGUGAUUAUUUCUGAUGACUUAAAGGUAGGCAGACAAUGUAAUAGAGCAGCAGGAAAUGCUAGCAGAAUGCUUUGUUGUAUAGGGAGAGGUAUUAGCAGUAGAAAGAGGGAAGUGCUCAUGCCAUUGUACAGAACACUGGUGAGACCUCACUUGGAGUAUUGUACACAGUACUGGAGACCGUAUCUUCAGAAGGAUAUUGAUACCUUAGAGAGGGUUCAGAGAAGGGCUACUAAACUGGUUCAUGGAUUGCGGGAUAAAACUUACCAGGAAAGGUUAAAGGAUCUUAACAUGUAUAGCUUGGAGGAAAGACGAGACAGGGGGGAUAUGAUAGAAACAUUUAAAUAUAUAAAGGGAAUCAACACAGUAAAGGAGGAGACUAUAUUUAAAAGAAGAAAAGCUACCACAACAAGAGGACAUAGUCUUAAAUCAGAGGGACAAAGGUUUAAAAAUAAUAUCAGGAAGUAUUACUUUACUGAGAGGGUAGUGGAUGCAUGGAAUAGCCUUCCAGCUGAAGUGGUAGAGGUUAACACAGUAAAGGAGUUUAAGCAUGCGUGGGAUAGGCAUAAGGCUAUCCUAACUAUAAGAUAAGACUAGGGACUAAUGAAAGUAUUUAGAAAAUUGGGCAUUCUAUGUUUCUAUGUUUCUAUCUCGUGUCCUGCAGCAGACUCCUGUGUAUGAUUAAAGGGACACUGUAGGCACCCAGACCACUUCAUCUCAUUGAAGUGGUCUGGGUGUACUAUCCCUGUCCCCCUUUGUCCUGCAAUGCAAACUAAGACUGCCUUAAGUGGUUGUCUACCAGACAGCCACUAGUGGCACUUCCUGGAGUUUCACGGAAUUUGAGGAACAUGUAAGUCUUAGGAAUCCAUCUUUGUAUUCCUAACUCUAAAGUGUUCCUUUAAAGUCCGAUAUACAGAACAAGAGAUAAACAAUUCUAAAGCAAGUUAAAGUAUUUUUUUAACAUUGUUCUUAUUCUAAAUUACAUUUUGAUUGCAUAAAUCAGUAAGACACCUAAAAUUUCUCAGAACAGCCCCACCUCUGGCCACCACCUUUUAAUAAUUUUAAAGUGUGCCUCUUUAUCCAUUUGCAAUGUUAGGAGCUAUGCUAUUUGUAAUUGUAAUUUAAUAAAAUUGCUACUUUCCUAUUUUAUAAUAACAGCAGGCCACAAAUGUGUGUUUACAUCCCUCUGUUAUAUUUAACCCUUGGUGUAAACUUGUUAAUCCAUUUUUCCUAUUAGAUGGGAAAUAGAUCAUGGGAAUGACAGAUCCCAUUGCAUGGGUAAGAACCCUGUGACAAUAUAAUGAGAAGCCAUCCUCUCUCCAAUGUAAUCAUUAAUUUUCUCCCAUCUGAUAGAUGUGUGCAGGAUAUAUAGUAAACUUAUAUUAAAUAUGUCUAGAUUAUUAACUGUCAAAGUACACUGUGAAUAUCAUUACCCAUAUGCAAUCUCCAUUGUCUGCAUGAGGACUGUAUUUGUCUUGAGUGGUAGUGUGCAUAUACAGACAGGUGUCUAUAAAUAUAUAUGUAACUUUAGGGGACUGUUGGCAGGGGGUCUUUUAACAGUGACUUAUUAUUUUACUCUUUUAUUGGAAAGCAAUUUAUACCAUCCACUGUACAAGAUAUCUUAUGCCACAUGACAAUGUGUGAUGAUUUCAGAUGAAUAAAUGUAUCUCAUGGAUUUGCUGUAAUAUUGAUCUCCAUGAUACUACAUUGAACAGUACAAAACAAAGAAUCCACCCCCUCACCUCUUUUUAAAAUUGCUUUUAGAAUGAAAAAGCUUGUGUUGCGUGUGUUCACUUAAAUUAUCCUGCAGAGCUGGAAUAAUGAUCACUGCAAUCUACUUUGACAAAAAGGUCUACCCGCUGUUUGUAUGACUGAUGUUGAGAAGAUACGGUUAUAUGAGCGAUAGAAGGAUUGCACGAAAGGUGAAUUAAAGUGGAUCUGUCAAGUUCGAGGGUCUUUGCAUAUUUCGCAAAGAUCUCCGAAAUGGACAGAUCCAGGCUGACUAUUGUGGCCGCUGCCAUGUUAACGCUGCAGUUUUCUUUGGAUGCUGGCACUUUAACUUCCAGGAUCCAUGUCACUUCUGUACUCGUGCGCAUGCAUAAGAGUACUACACUGAGUUCUAUGGAGGACUCUGUGAGAGCCCUGGAUCCUCCAUUGACAAAGCCUAAAUCUUGCAGCCAUUAUUUGUGAUGGCAACUGGGACUGGACAAAAAUUAACAGAGGAACUCUGGCUUUACCUACUUUGUCAUUUGGUAUCUUUGGAUUGAACGGGAAAUAAAAUCCAGGUCCAUAGAGCCACACAUUCGGAGUUUAACCCCUUAAGGACCAAACUUCUGGAAUAAAAGGGAAUCAUGACAUGUCACACAUGUCAUGUGUCCUUAAGGGGUUAAGCUCCCCCUGCCCCUUCCCGAUGACGCCUCUGAAGGGACACUAUAAGCGUCAAAAGAAUAUUAGUUUAAUAAAGCAAUAUUAGUGUAUAGAUCAUCCUGCUCCAGUCUCAGUGAUCAGUUCUUUGCUAUUUAAAUCACUUUUGUUUAUGUUUAUGUUGUUUCAUCAACAUGUCCCAUGGGUGUGACUCAUACAGGCUGUAUGAAAAUGUUUUUAAUUUUCAAUCAGAUGUGAGAGAACAGUGUGUUUACUUUCGAAGUUUUUAUCUCCUUCUCUGUUAGUUAUUGAGCUCUAAUCACACACAGGAGCUUUCUGCAAGUGCUAACAAAUAUAAAAAAGUGCAAUGGUGUGUAGGUGCUACCAAAUCAUUACACAGGUGUGGGUGUAGUGUAAGUGUAUCCCCCAAUACUUUACACGCUAUUAAAGGGACACUAUAGUCACCCAGACCACUUCAGCUCAAUGAAGUGGUCUGGGUGCAAUGUCCCUCAGGUUUUAACCCUUCACAUGUUAAAAACUGCUAAUUUUACAUUUGGGGUUAAUCCAGCCUCUAGUGGCUGUCUUCCGGACAGGCACUAGAGGCGCAUCUGCGACGCUGGAGGCGAAUUUCGCCCCCAUUGCGCAGAGCGUCCAUAGGCCUGAGAAAUGCUUUCCUAUGGACACUUUGAAUGCACAUGUGGCACUUGCCGUGUAUGAGCAUUCCACUCCAGUGAAUUCCGCUCCAGUGAUGUCGGACGGUUGAGCAGACUUCGGCGGGGGAGGAGAGGUCACCAGCGCCGAGGGAGCCCGGCGCUGAAUUAAGGUAAGGGGUUGAAGGGGUUGUAACCCCUUCAUUGCCACGGGAGGGGGACCCUGAGGAUGGGGGCACCCUCAGGGCACUAUAGUGUCAGGAAAACUGCUUUGUUUUCCUGACACUAUAGUGAUCCUUUAACAAAGCAGAAGAUAAGAAAUUCUAAAUUAUAGAGACUGUGCAAUAAUGUAAACAUAAGCAUUAGAUCUCUCUUUACAAGAAAUGUGUAGAAAGAUUGUUUAAAUAGACACUACACACUACUGCUUAAACACUUUAGCCUGCUGAAAAGCUUUAGAUUUGAAGAGUGUGUCCUAUUUUUUUCAUUUUGCAAAAAGUGCAGAUUUCUAUAGAAAUUGACACUUUUAUAAAUUAACCUUGUUACAACCCCCUGUCUUUUAAUGCAAAGGCAGCAGGCAAGAGAACUGGAGGUUUUGCACACUGUUUUUAGAUAUACACCCAAUGUAAAAAAGUGUAAUUAAUUGCAUGCAAGUUUUCAUUUGGGGUAUAUCUACUCAACAGUGAUGUUGACUUAUUUUGUAUUUGGACAGUGGUAUGUCCCUUUAAAGCAUGUACAGGGGAGGUAUUUUUACACGUCUCUUGCAAAGAGAUAGCUAAUGUUUGAAAUUCCUUUUCUGUGCAGUCUCUUUAAUCUAGAAUUUCUUUUCUACUACUUUGUUGUGUGAGUCACAGCCAGGAAAGGUGUGGCUAGGACAGCGUAAACAGACAACAAAGUGAUUAAACUGCUAAAUGGCAGGGAACUGGGCAGGUAGAUUGCAGGGGCAUGAUCUAUACACUAACACAGCUAUACACAUAAUUUUCUUUAGAGUACAACUAUGCAUUUGGUAACUUAUUGUUUUUUUAAGUAAUGUUUGAUGCUAAUUUUAUUGGUACAAGACACGUUCUAUUAACAUUGUGAAGAGAGAAAGUAAGGUCAUGUUAUUCUAUGCUUCCUUUUCAGCCAGGGGCGUUUGACCAAGCUGUCAAUGAUUUAUCAAAUCAGGUGGUGGCAAAGGACAAUGAACAUGUGCUCAGUUCCUGGCUAUUGGCAGAGUAAGUAACAGCCAUUAAUAUACUGUGAUGCAUGUAAAAAUGGACAAGAGGCUGACAGUUUUCAAAGGGUUAAAUAUUUUUUCAAGGAUUGGUAAUGGCAAAUGCCAUCAUAAUAAAGUGUUUUAUUCUGAUAUUCCCAUCUGAUAUAGACUUUCCUACCCGAUUAGCACUAAUAUGGUUCUACAGUAGCUGCAUGGAUACCAUAUAUAACAUUGCAUGGUGCGUAAGGUUUUCGCUGACCACAUUGUGAAGACAGAAUAGAAUUUUAGUGCUUCUUACAAAGUUAACAUUUUAAAAUGAGUGAUCAUUUGCAUGUCUGCAGAAUCUCUUAGCUGUAAAGGCUCUGAUACAAUGAGCAAACUGUGCCAGCCCUUCAUUGGCACUGCAAUCCUGUUUGCUUUUUGUUUCUAGUUAAACAUAUCCCCAGUAGGUCGCUCUUGAAGAAAAAUAAUGACAAAAACACUGAAGCGCCAUUGAUGACACCUUACUCUGGAACAGAGAUAUGUUUUGUAAUUAAGGCUCUGAGCAGGUGGCAGAGAACAGCUUGUCGAAAAAUGCAUUGUACACAAGCGGAGGGUGGUUCCUUUUGUUAAAGGGGAAGGCGUGCCAGGAAAUUCAUAUUUACAUCACUUUGAUACAAAGUAAAGAUGAUAUUAUUCUGAGGCAGUAAUAUCGUGGCAUAUAGUCAGUCAAAAACAAGAGGAAGAGGAAAUUUAUUCAAAUUAGUCUUUAAAAAGGGUAGUUUAUUCUCAACACGGAGAGCUGUGAAUGUUUAUCCAUAUCAUGUCAUUAUGGACAAAAAUAAUUUCAAGUCACCACAGGUUACUGUUUAGGGAAUAAUUCCAUAAUUCUGUACUCAAACAUGUUUACAUUAUAAGGGCGCUGCCAGAACUAAUCGUAACAACACAAUAUAUAUUUAUAUGAAUACAAAAAAGAAAAGAAAAAAACUACCAUAAAGUGUCUCAACAUUUUGGUAAAUAUAGUCACAAUGAAAUGAGCACAAAAGAAAACUUUUUAUGGAUAUAUUAAAAUGUUAAAUAGAAAAGAUAAAAGCAAAACAAAAAGCACAAGGCUACAAAAUAAUAUGUCCUAUAAACUAGUUGGGGUAUUAAACCUCCAAUAGAACCAAUAGCAAGAGAAGUGUUACUUCAAAGAAAUACUUAUUGGUGUAAAGUAAAACUACUUGCUAUGAACAAUGUGACUGAAUUCUAAAUAGAGAAGUUGGAUACUAGGAUCCUCAAAACUCUUCCUGCAGAACAGGGUAGGUUGAAUAUAGAUGAAAUGCCUCUAGUGCACAAGAGGUUAAACAGCACAACAGUUGGUUGCAAUGGUUAAUAGAAAAGAGGCAGGGAAUACCUGUAAAAUAAAGAGGUAUAGGAGACAGUUGCAAGCUAGGUUAGAUAUAAUGGUCAGUAGAAAUAUAGAGACUAUAGGUAAUCCUGACGCUUGCUAGCAAGAGAGGUGUAAAUACAAAGAGAUACUUUAAUAGUAAAAAGUUAAGCCACUUUCUAUAAACAAUGUCAUUGAAUUCAAGAUGGGAGGGUGGGGUAUUAGUAUCCUCUGAACUCCUCCUGCAAAACAGGGUCUGCUGUAUAUAGAUAAAGUACCUCUAAUACACAAGAGGUUAGACAGUACACCAAUAUGGUUGCAAAGAAGAGAAUACCUGUAAAUAGGGAGGUAUAGGAGGCAGUAGCAAGCUAGGAUUAGAUGCAAUGAUAAAUAGAGAUGUAGAAAAUAUAGAUAAUGCUGAUGCUUGUAAAAUAAAAAAUCUAAGUGCCUUUGAGGGCACCCCUUAAUAAAUGCCUAUACUAUAUAGCACAACCCCCCAAAAAGGUGUAAAUACAGAGAGAAACUUAGAUAGUAAAAAGUGAAGCCACUUGCUAUAAACAAUGUUCAAGAUAGGAGGGUGGAGUAUUAGUAUCCUCUGAACUCCUCCUGCAGGACAGGGUCUGCUGUAUAUAGAUGAAGUAUCUCUAAUACACAAUGAUAAAUGGAGAUGUAGAAAAUAUAGAUAAUCCUGACGCUUGUAAGAUAGAAAAACAAAGUGCCUUCGAGGGCACCCCUUAAUAAAUGCCUAUACUAUAUAACUCAACCCCCCAAAAAGGAAUAACGAGACAGAGGAUAGGAUAAGUAAAAAAGAUGCCUAGUUGAAAAAGCAAGAUCGCUAGUCAGACCGCGGCUGAAUAAGUGCAGCAGCAGAGGAAUGUCAAUCUAGGCUUCCUGAGCCCCUGACGCGCACGUUUCGUCUGGGUUACUCAUCAGAGGAGAGAAAUAAUCUUUAUGAAAUACUCAGAUUGACAGUGUUAGAAUUUCACUGAAAUUCCAAACCAGGCAAAAGAUAUACUGAGACAAAGUAGGGACUAGUAUGUCUCAGUAUUUUUCCUCCACUUGACAAAAGGGCGAGCUACAUUUUGUCAAGCUUGCCAUUUCCCCCAGCCAUCACCAGUGAUGCUGUAGCAAGUAAAAAAAAAAAAGCUCUUACUGUGGAAGAUCCCGCGGUCCCACAGGAUCCUUUCUGGACAUCAAUGAUGUACUCUCAUGCAUGCAAAAGAGUACACUACCAACAUCGGCUCCUUGCAUCUGAAGCAUCAGGAACUGAAGAAGACUAGAUGGAAAUGGACCAACUAAAAGGAGCAAUCUACACUCUUUUCUGGUCCUGAAUUAUCCACUCCAAUGGUAAAACAAUAAAUGUAGUCCGAGCACUCAGGAUCACUUAUUCAGCAGUUUUAUUGGAAAAACAGGAGAAACAUGCAACGUUUCGAUCUCAACUAAGAGAAAAAGAUCUCAGUUGAGAUUGAAACGUUACGUGUUUUUCCUGUUUUCCCAAUAAAAUUGAUGCAUAAGUGAUCCUGAGUGCCUGGGCCAGAGUAUAUGGCAGCACCCUUGAGGGAUAGGUUCAGGUAAGUAAAACCUACCUUCUUCUACCCACCAUGGCCCAAUGGACUUUUCAUGACCAUGUCACCAUCGGGGCUCUUUUCAAUUCAUGCAAAGACCCCAGAGAGUGACAUAGCUGCAAUUAAGCUAAUUUGACCAGACCAUCACUAGUCAAAUUGGUCUUGCAUUUUUUUGUACACCGAUUGUACAGCAGUGUGAAAUAUGCUGGCACUUUAUAAAUAUUAUAUCAUUUCAGUUAAAGAUAAAAGGUCAUACCGGGAACUCUGAACAGCAUGGGCAGCCUGACAAUUUCCUCAUUCUACCCUGUAACUAACUUUGUUAAAAUAUGUGCAUUGCACUGGGUGCUAUUUGUUCCAAGCUAACAUUUUCUUUCUUUCAAAUGUUGUGUGUUUGCACAAGAUGGGAGUACACAAGCUGAUUUUUCAACCUCUAUUGCCAACUAUACACAGGCACAUGGCUUUUUUUUUUGUCCCCUCAGACAUUUAUCUAGAAUUUGUGAGUCUCUAAUACCCAGCACAUAUGCCAGGAAAUUAAAUAAAGUGCUUGGCAGCGUAUGUGUCCAAAUGAUUAACACAUCAGCCUACUGCUGCUUAUUUGUCGCCCUCUAGUGACAGAACCACAUUUAUACACCCAAAAUGAUAUCUUUAUUUUGACUAGGGUGUCAUUGGAUGAUUGUUAUGAGAAUAAAUUGAUAAGAAAAUAAGGAGGGCAGUGUUGGUCAUUCCAUCAUGUAACUGAAGGCUACAUUAUUCUUGGGAACAAAUAUAUCAUAAUUGUAAAGUGUACAAAUGCAGUUUCUACAGUCAUGCAGAAAUACACCUCACAGAGAGGUAGAGUAAGCAGGAGGAGAACGUGCAGGAGAAAAGAGAAUAGAAUGGAAGCAGGUUGGGCUCCGGAAGGAAAAAGAAAAUGAUGAACAAUUGCAGGAGCUAAAAGAGUAGGAGAGUAAAAAGCACCAGGACAGACUGCAUGACUUGUGAGAUCAGACGAAACAUGGCUAGCAAGCAGCAACUCUUCAAGAUAUGCAUUAUUAAAAAAAGAGAGAGAGGUGAAAAUAGAAGAAAAACUGGACCUUAAAUAUAAAGAGCAGGAAGAGAAAUGACAUCAGGGAAGGCAACAGAAACAUCGACAUACAGACUAAGGGUUCCUAGUUGUGCUAUCCUCAUAACUUAGAAAUAGCACAUGAACCAGCAACCACACUACUAAUUUUACUUUUUACUAUUAUUUUUUCAUUCCCUUUUUAAAAAAUGUUAUUAGUUUGCAGCUAUUAGAUUCACUAGCUUAGCGGGGAUAGCGGCAGGUGCCCUCGAAGGCACGGGAGGGAAGCAGUCUUAUAUUAGGUGACUGUCGGUGGGAUUUUAGAGCCGUGCUUCGCUCACCUGCCACUUCGUGAGCUUAGCAUUACGGCUAUUAGAGCUUAGAAAUUUUACUAUUUGAUAACUUAUUGGUAUCACAGAUCUAUAGGAUUAUAAUGAGGAACUAUACCUCUAUUUAUAGAUCUGUAGCUAUUAUAUAGGGGUUUUUUUCCCCUCAUUUUUGCUACUUUCCUCCCACUCCCAUUACCUUUUUGUGAGGCUUUAUACCUCCCUACCAUCCCUUAUGGAGCUCCGAUUUUCGGCACAGACGUGUGCUAAAUCUAUUGGCUACUAGGCUAGCUCUAUUAUAUACUCUUAUCCCACUAAUGGUCAAGCUAGUUUUCUAAUCGCCACUGCUCUUCUAUUUGAUACUUACCCUGCAUACCACUUAAGAUACUCUAUCAGGGUCAUAUAGAGUGAGACCUAUCUUAAGACUAUUGGUGACAUCUUAUCUUAUGCAAGCUAUAUAGGUAGUACACCUGGACAAGUCCAUCAUGAUAAUUCAUUAACACGUCUUCUAUUUAUACUACUCGAGUGUCUUACCAGAGCUGUAUAGACCCUGGGUAGUCUUUAGAAUUUCUAGUGUUAUUAGGACCUCUCCAGGUAUUGCUACCGGUCCUCUACUUAUUAUUAUUAUUUUUCUGUUCACCUUUAACCUUUUUGUACACGAGCACGUAUGGUUAUUAAUUUGUAUUUUAGAUUUAAUAAAAAGUAUUUAUUUUGUAUUUCUUUGUUUUCACCAUUACUAGUUCCUAGUCUGGUUGUUACCUCCAAGACUCAUAGUUGAGUAUUCUAGCUAUCCCAGUCCCCUAUUGGUACACGUCUCUUGUUUAACAAAGGGGUAGAUUUUGAUCUUACCGAGAAGCUCUGUUUUCCACCUAGUCUAACUUUUGCAAAUGCUGUCAAUUUCUUUCUAAACGAAGGCAGCUAUUUGGAGGAACAUGUGAGGUUUUACAGUUUUCUUCAUUAUCCAGAUGGGAGAUAUUUUUUUAGCAAGGUUUCAGAAUUAAUAAUUACCAUAAUGUCAAAUUUUUUAAAUAUCUGGCAUAGUCUGUUAAGAGAAUCUAGGAUUUUGCUGCCAUCUUCAGGCCAGAAAACCCCUACAUUGCACAGGCAAUAAUCACACACAGUUACUCAAAUGUUGGCUUUUUGUUUUAAAGGGCAAGGACAACAUAAUCCAUUUUCAUCAUCAAAUUCUAAAUAUAGUUUGAUUAAUAGCUGGUCCUCUUUUAUACAACAGCCAAUAUCGAAAUUGGAUAAAAAGUGGCUAAGUCAUCCUUCUCCCCCCCCUCCCCAAAGAAAAAUUAGCAUUUUAUAAAGAUAAAUAUGAUCAUAUAGACUGUGUUCAGUCUAUUCUCCGUAGAUAUUAGUGCUGCACUUUUGCGCAGGCGUUAGAGUACAGCAGUGAUGUCAGCUCCUGGCAGAUGAUUCACCAGGAGCUAAAGAGGGCCCUGUAACAGACAAUGGCGGCGGCUACAAGGGACAGGUUCAGGUAAGUAAAACUCACAUUUCCCUUCAAGUGGUAAAAUCACCACUUGGUGACUGAGCUGCUUCAAUUCACAUUUCUAUGCAUUUAUCGAAAUUAACUUAUAAUAACUAAUUUUGUUUACAUUUAUGCAACAACAUUUUGUUACAUAAAUUUAUGAUCACAUUCUCUACAUUCUGAUGUAUAACAUUCAAACUUAGACCAGUUUUUAUCUUGCACAAUGUAAAUUGUGUUCCCAGGAUGCUCCCGGCACAUACAAAAAAUAAAUCAGAAAAGGUACAAACUCUACUACUGGAUGGUUGCCGAGUACUGGGAUCCCCUUUUUUCAUGUCAGUCCUAGGUUCCACUAUUGGCUCUGAAGUAUAAAUACAAAGGCAGGGUUUUGGUUCCUUAGAACAAUAUUUUAUUGCUUUGUAUUAAAAUACAUUUUCCUGAUUAUGGGGACGGGGCAAAAAUAAAAACAUUAAAAAAACCAACCACCUACUGCUUUUCUGCACAAAAGUGCACUGACUCAUAGGUACCUUUGGGUAAGUGAGCUUGUCCCCAAAAAUAUGUUAAAUGGUUGUUUAAUAUACCUGUUUGUCAGUCCAAGUAUUUUACAGCGUUGCAGAAUUUGUUGGCACUUUACAAAUAAUAACAGUAAUGUCCCCUCUCCUGAAUGGGAACAUGUAUAUUAGAGUAAUAUAAAAGAUACAUUUUAAACUAUUGGAACAGCGCCUUACAUUGCCCCUUCACCUAAUCCAUUUUGCUCAGUUUUCCUUCAAUGUACUACAAAAGUAAUAUAGUUGAAAAAAAGACACGUGUCUAUCAAGUUCAGCCUUUCUCACAUCUGUUUUUGCUGUUGAUCCAAAAGAAGGCAAAAACCCAAUCUGAAGCGCUUCCAGUUAUGCAACAAGCUAGGGAAAAAAUCCUUCUUGACCCCAGAAUGGCAAUCAAAUCUUCCCUUGAAUUAAAAAAGGCAUUACCCUACAACUGAAAUAUGAUAUCCAUGAAUAUUAUGUUUUUGCAAGUAUUCAUUCAGUUGCUGUUUAAACAUCAGACUCUGGUAAAACCACAUCUUCAGGCAGAUAAUUCCACAUCCUUAUUGUUCCUACUGUAAAAAAAAUAUUUCCUUUGCCUUAGACUUAAUCUCCUUUCUUCCAGUUUAAAUGUGUGACCUGGUGUUCUUAACAAUUACGUAAAUAUUUAGAAGAUUAAGUCUGUGCAACAUUUUCUGGAAUGAAUGGACAGUGUCUAACAGUUUUGAGUUCUUUGUAUUGUUGCAGAGUUGAUCACUGGAAUAAUGAGAAGGAGCGCGUUGUACUUAUCACAGAGAAAAACCUUUUUAUCUGCAAGUAUGACUUCAUUAUGCUCUGCUGCCAACAGAUCCAGAAAAUCCCUCUCAACUUCAUAGAUCGGAUAUGCACUGGGCCAUUCACAUUCCCCCCUAAAUCUCUGGAUAAGUGAGUAUAGAACAUUUAAGGGAGCAGCUUGAUGACAUAUUGUUGCAGAUGAUUUAUUAAUCUGAAGGUAACCUGAGUUCAGUGCUAGGCUUGUAAUUGUACAGCCUAUUGGAAUAGUUGUUUUUCACAUCGUGGACCUUCUCUGGGACUCUUUUUAAAAUAUAAAAUCCCAGCUGUAUCUCUUCCCCACUUUGUAAUAUGAUUGCCUUGUAUAAUAUCUUAGACUAGAUUCAGAAAGUAGUAUAUAAAGUGUGUGUGUGUCUGUGUGUGUGUGUGUGUGUGUGUGUGUGUGUGUACUUUAUAUAUGAAUCAUGUGAAUCCAAAAAACACUAAUCACCUUUGCAAAAAAAUUAUAUGAUUUGGUCAUUGUAAAAAAUAUCCCUGUACUACUAGCAAACAGUAAGCCUUCAGACAUCAGCAUAUGACAUCACUGGAGUUAACGUAGUAAACAUGUCAUAUUGGGCUUAGACAUCUUACACUAACUGAUGUUUAUUGCAUAGACUUUGAUUUAAUUAGAGCUUAAAUGUUUUAUUGGCUCCUGAUAAGCCUUUUAUCGUUUCAAAUUGAAUAAAUUACCAAGUCAUUAUAGGCUUAUCGGAAGCCAAUAAACAUUGGUUCAAAUGUAAAACCUGAUACCUAUACUUUACAUUGAAAAUGUUGAAUGAGGUAGCUUAACUCCAUUUAUCAGGCAGGUUUUUCCCAAUAAGUGGCCAAACUGGAUUUGACAACUAAAAGUUGGAGAUAAAUGUUUUUUUUUUUCCUUUUACUACUUGCCUGCUGGAAACUGUAGCAACCAGCGGGCAAAUUGUUUAAAAAAAAAAAAAAGCCUAUGGGAGUCAAUAUGACCCUCAUUAGUGUAAGGGAGAUUUAAUACCGCCAUUAUGCACCUACAAUUGCACAAGUGUGUGCAUGCAUACUGAUCAGCAUUGGUAAUUAAUGGAUUUUUAUGGGGCUGAAAAAAAGAUUGUUAUUAAAAAUAAUGAAGACCUUUGACUGUCAGCAUAAAACAUUAUUUUACAGGUAUUAGAUUUAUUGGAGCCCCCCUCACUACUACUAGGAUGAGGGGGGUUGGACAGAAUUUCUUUAAUUGGGCACCCCUCGCCACUUUAGGGUGUUAUUUAGGGAGGGACUUAAUUUUGGGUGGUUGGACAAUGCAAGUCCACAAUUCUCAAUUUUAAUUAAUGCCCCUUUCUUAAAUCAUGCGUGGGGAGGCAGAUCGUAGAAUGUAAAGGGGGUGUACAAUAGCAUGUCCAUCCUCUCUUAUCAAUUUUAACAUAACCCCACAAACCACCUAUGGGUGGGCGCUGGAGUGGUUUUGAGAUGUGUUCCUCAUUAAUGGGUAGGGUUUGGCGGGGGAGACUAUUUUUGCACACUUUAUAUAUCAUAGCCUCCACCCACCGCUGAUGGGUCAGAGCAGCGGGGGCACUUUUAUGUUCCCCCAUGUUUUUAUUUAAUAGUGCCCUAACCGAUUACCUAUCCACUCAAAAUGAUUUAAUUAUAAGUCUCUGGCAGGCCCCUCUUGUUUUUUGUUUUUUUUAUAAGAGUCAAGGCAGUGUUAGCUUAGACGACAGUGAGCAGCUGCUGGCUGCUUACUAUAGAAUUAAAUAGAGGCCUUUGUUAGGCUGUGGUUCAUAAGGAUUUCUUAUUUCUCAUUUUGCUAAAUCUUGAGUUCAGUGAUCAUGCUUUCAGCCUCUCACUGCAUCUAGGAAUGGCUGAAUUGAUAUUGCUAAUGUGAAAGUGUACAUUCUGCAUUAGCAAUAUGGCAAGCAAGGCUCCAGGGUUGCCUGUGCCCUUGAGUUACACCUCUUUUGUUUUCCUGAACUACUGAAACUGUUUGGCAAAAUGCAACGUAGUAGUUAUCGUGCUUAAACGCACUCUUUAAAGCGGCACUGUCAUGCCGAACUUACCUUUCCUCAAUCUCUUCCUCUUCUCCCCCUCUCUCAGGAUCUGUUAUUCUUUUCUUCCUGUCUUCUUUAGUUUUCUUUAACAUCAUAAGACAAAGUAGGGACUCUUUGCCUUAUGGAGGAUUCCUCCGCUUGACCAGCUCUGACCAGCGGAGGAGCAAAGUGUGCUUCAUUUCCGCUGGUCAGAGCAAUUUUCCCAUAAUUCUUACCUUCCCUCUGUGUUCCCACGAUGCUUCCUGUCAUUUGAGACAAAACUGCUGAAUUGCGUUCUAACUGAAUGAGAGCAGUAUGUUUGUUUCUUUUAGAAUGCAAUUCGGCACUUUAUUCGGAUCGGAAUUUCAUUCGAAUGAAUGAAACUCCGAUCCUAUUCUUGCUGUGGCUGCAUCUUGCAGCCGUUUAGUAGAUAACUCCCUAAUUCCCACGGUAUCAGGGAGCUAUCUACUAAAAGGCUGAAAGACCUAAAUUGGUCUUUCAGCCAACUUUACUAAUACCAAGUAAAAAUUACUUAGUAUUAGUAAAUAAUAUGCCCCUACUCGCUAUACCACGAGUAGGGGCAUGUCUGGUAAACAGUGAGCAGCCUGUGGCUGCUCACUGUAAAACAAAAAAACAAAAAAAACAACUAUUGGCCCCCACCCCUAAAUGACGGGUGGGGGCCCUAAAGUAAAACAAGGGGGGAGACCUAAUGUCGUCGUCCCCGGCCCGCACCCCUGCUCGGUGGGUAGGGGUCAUAACGAUAAUGGGGGGGCUAGUGCCCGCACCCCUGGGCGGCGGGUGGGGGCCAUAAAGAUAAUGAGGGGGGGGACCUAGUGUCCACCCCCCCGGCCCCCACCCCUGGGCGGCGGGUGGGGGCCAUGAUGAUAACGAGGGGGAGACCACUGCCCCUCCCCGCGGCCCCCACCCCUGGGCGGCAGGUGGGGGCCAUAAAAAUAGUAAGGGGGGGGGACCUAGUGUCCGCCCCCCCCCCGGCCCCCACCCCUGGGCGGCGGGUGGGGGCCAUGAUGAUAACGAGGGGGGGACCUACUGCCCCUCCCCCGGCCCCGCGGCCCCCACCCCUGGGCGGCAGGUGGGGGCCAUAGUGAGAAUGAGGGGGGGGACCUACUGCCCCCCCCAGGCCCCCACCCCUGCAAUUAGGCUAAGAACACUCUGAUUGGUGGGUUUAAGCCAAUCAGAGUGCUCUUUGUCAUUUUACAAAGCGUGGGAAAAUUCAAAAGGUUGGGAUUUUUUAUUUUGGGUGGGGGGGGUGGGUGACUAGGGGCUUGGGGACCCCUAGUCAUCUUGGUGGGGGGGGAAAUUGACUUAGGGCCCCCACCCGCCGCCCAGGGGUGGGGGUCUGGGGGGGGGGAGGACAGUAGGUCCCCCCCAUUAUCUUUAUGGCCCCCCCCUCAUCAUUAUUGCCCCCAUCCGCCGCCCAGGGGUGGGGGCCGGGGGGGGCAGUAGGCCCCCCCCUCAUUCUCACUAUGGCCCCCACCCGCCGCCCAGGGGUGGGGGCCGGGGGGGCACUAGGUUCCCCCCCUCAUUCUCACUAUGGCCCCCACCCGCCGCCCAGAAUACAUAAUAGGUAAUGUGGGGUGCUUAGGGGCAUUUGGGGGUGACUAGGGUGUUAGUAAGAUGUAGUUGAGGCCGGAGGGGGGUUAAAAAAAAAACAGAAUUCGGCAUGACAGUGCCGCUUUAAGAUAAAAGAUUUAAAAAAUUGCAAACUAUAAAAUGAAACCUUAUUGUAUACAAUUGUGUAUUAUAAAAUUAUGUACUUUUUCUAUUACAGUAAGGUCUGUUUGGUAGGUCAAUAGGAACAAUCUUGUAUAAUAAAUUCUCCCUGUAGCAACUAUAAUUUGCCAGUAGAGGUCGCCGUAGUUGCACAUUGCUGACAAAUGAACACUAAAUUACCUGUACUAAAUGAAAACUCAUCAAAAGGCAUUAACUCCAGUGCAGAUACUCCAGUGUCUGUGAUUCCUGUGCUUAAGAUCCAUACAAAAAUAUCCGACUCAUUUUCAUUUUUUCUAAAUUGUUGAGCUGCCUUAGUACCAAAUGACAUAGUGUAGUGUGUUAGCACAGCAACUUGUGCAACCUCUAGAACUUUAAUUUAACUGUGACUUAGAUUCACAGACUUACAUCCUCGAAGGCAUUAAUCUAGCUGGAAAUACAGCAAGGCCAAAAGAAAAUUAGCAAUAACUUGCUCAGCCUAUCACUACCAUCUAAAUAUUGAUGAAAUUGUGACUCCAGCAGUAGUAAUAGGGCAAGCUGGGGCCAGGUCACAUGUGCCUUGGGAACUGGACCAGAUCAACAUAUGUGCUUAUAGAGCUGCAUCCACAAGCCCAUGCCUAUGAAGUAGGUUUUCUUUUCUUUUUUUUUUUUCACUACACUUUGCAGUGGACUGGUUGACUGUAAAAUAAAGAAGGAGAUAAGGGGACAAGUGAGUCCUGAGGAGUUAGAUUCAAAGUUUGUAAUUAGUAAAAGAGAGAAGUAGAGAGCUGUGUGGUUGUACAGACUGGGUAAAUAGAUGGAAGAGAGUGAUUGAUAUGGGGUAUGUGUUUUCUUUCGAAAUGCAUCCUGUGUCCCAUUGGCACUACCUCCAUCAUACAAGACAUUUGGAAGGUAUGGCUGUUUUAGUGUUUUCUCUCUGUAAGAUUCUGGACCAUCAUAUUCCACCACACCAGGAUAAAAACGCUCUUGAUCCUGCACCUUGAGAACCUCAGUUUUCGUCAAACUGCUUGAAAACAGUUUAAUCCAGAUCUGUUGCAUGCUGUCCGUAGCCAAAUUGCUCUUAACUUAAACAGGAUAUAGUCGUUUUGGUGCUCAGAGUGCCCUGAUAAUGCAAAUUGAUUAACGUUGCUCGCUGUUGACACUAGGUAUGCAUAAAUGGAACUUUCCAACUGCGACCACUGCCUAGAUUUUCCUUGAAUGUAUCCCUGAGCUAAAAUUGUGGGAUUGAGUUUAGAACGCACAGCGGAUAAACCUCCCAUUUCAGAUUAGAUUUUUGGCUUUUCCAAGACACUAUCAUUUUCAAGCCGAGCUGAAGAUCACUUAAGGCAUCUUGUCAUUAGGAUUGCAUUCUUUUUCUGAAUGGGAUGUGGGUUUAGAUGGAUGCACUUUUAUUUAUUAAUUAUAUUGUGUUAAUAUACCUUAGCACUGGCUCAAUACAGAAUCCCCUCCCUGAAAAAGAUAAUUAUGCUGAAGCUCGUGAAUGGAUAUAUGCACCUAUGUCAGUUAGAGUCUCUGCAAGUCUGAACCUGACCCACAUUCUUGGCAACGUAGAAAUCUCGGUUUUGUUUAUGAUCUCUGUGCAUUUUUGGAGAGCACAAUAUAUUCUUCUUCGCGCUGAUUGAACACUGAAGAUAUCUCACAUUAUAUUUAUACCUACAACUAGAGAUGUUACAUUUCUGGAAAUUUGUAUGCUGUGGAAAAAAACUGGUGUGUUUCCUGGGUGUUUUUCCCCAGAAAGAUUUGGAAAUUUUAGGAAAACUUGAGUGGAAAAUGCAGAGAAAAGUACUCAUAUGAAUUGAAAGUUAUUUUGUGAUACUGGGAACGUAAAAUGCAGUGUGUAUAAAAGUAUUAUGCUUGAAUUAAAGGACAGCUUAUUUAGUAAAUAAUUAACUAAAUUAGCUUUUUUUAAAACAUGUUUUAUUAUAAAUGGAACUACAAGGCAUAGGUAUGUUAAGUACACAUGAACUAUAAGGAACCUCUUUAUCUAGUACAUGAGAAAAGGCAGUAUAUGAGAAUUUGUAUACUCCAUAUUUUCUUACAGGAUAAUUCACUUAACACCGGAUUUUGUUCGUAUGGACCAAAUUCUACAAAAAUGGCUGAUAUCCAACUGGAAUGGUAAUUCUUAUUUUUAUAAAAGCCAAACUCAGUUGGAAUUCAGUCAACUCAAGCAAAUCUGUAACAAUCAUAUGGAUGCAUUUGAUGUCUGGAUUAAAAUCUGUGCUUUUCAUAUACGAACUCUAUACAAAGUAUAAGAUUCAGAAUAUUCCCAAAACACAAAUAAAAUUUUUUUUAAAUCUGAACUUUUUGCAAGUGAAUAAUAAUUUUAACUGCUACUAGUUUAAAUAAAUCCUCAACAAUAUGAGGUUAAAAAUGUGGUGGUCACUGGUUUGCGUUUGCUAGGCAGCCACCACAUUAUAAAUGUUUAAAAUAAAAGUCUUAGAAGGGUCAAUAUGACUCCAUAUUACUAUAAUGGAGGUAUUCAUCUGCUGCUAAACAUUUAUUAGUAGUGCCUGGGCAGCCAUUGUUGUGCAGUCACUAGCAAGGCCCCAUCCAAUGUAAAAUAAUGGGAAACAAUAGUUUCCCCUGUGCCCCUACCUCUGGGCAUUAGCUGUAUGGGUUUUAAAUUAAAUAUAAUAAUGGAAAGGGGGUGGAGAGUGAUCUAUCCCCAUAGCUAGCAAAAGGGGGCAAUUAAAUAAAAAAACAAUAGAGGGGACUUCCUGUAAUUAUACUUAACAAUCCGAAGUCUUCUUUCUUGUAAAUCGUUUUAGUCACUUCAGCCCCAAAAAGGCCAAAUUAAAAUCCAUUAUACCGCAACACAACUAUGGAAUAUCUAACCGAUUUUCAAGAAAAGAUGGGGGGGUGGAAAUCAGACAAUACAUAAUCAAAAACAGAUCCACUUUGAAUCUCAUUAGAGAACUCUGGUUGGCUUGCAAGAUAACCCAUCAGAACCCUCUGAUAGGUAUUUUUAUAAUUCUCUUGAGCUUAGCUAUGCAAUUUGUUUACAUUUCAGUCCAUCAUUUCUGUAUGCUCCCUCUACACUGUUCUCUAGUUUUAAAAUGGUUGUUUAUGGCAAUGCCUAAUUCUCGAUGUGAACAAGCCAGUGCUCAGCAAUAUGUAGCGCUUGAGGAUUCAGUUUACACGUUCCUCUCCUUGAUAACAAUACAAAAUCGGUCAGAGGGUUCCACAGUAUUUAUUUAUAUAAAAUAUUUUACCAGGAAGGAUGCAUUGAGAUUUCUCUUAUUUUCAAGUGUGUCCUGGGUCCACAAAACAUUGCAUUGAUACAAUAGGGUUCAAUAAAAUAUAAAAACAAAAUUUAACAUAGAACAGGUAAGAAAUAUAUAAUCAACCAUGACAGGUGCAUUCUGUUUUAAGGUAUGUAGAGAGGGAUCUCUUAAAGGAUUUUAGGCCGGGGGAAGAUUUGAAAGUGUACGGGAGGUCGUUCCAUAAUUGCAGUGCUCCGUAGGAAAAGAAGGAUCGAGCCACUUUCUUUUUGUUUUGUGGUAGACUAAAUAAAGUGCCGUUACUGGAUCAGAGCUUAUAGGAGGUGGGAAUAGCCGGGGAGAGCAUUCUGCUCAGGUAUGGUGGGAGCUUCCCAGAAAAACACAAGGCUGGAAAGAUGAAGGGUGGGUCUAGAUUCCAGCGACAGCCAGUUUAGUUCUUUUAGCAUGUCACAAUGGUGGAUCAUGUAAUUACAUUGUAGCACAAAGCGACAGAACAAGUUAUACAAUGUAUUACAUUUAUUAAGGUGGGUUUGCGGUGCAGGUGCAAAUACUACAUCCCCAUAAUCAAUGAUUGGCAUCAGCAUUUGCCGUACAAUCUUUUACUUUACCGUAGGGCUUAGGCAGGAUUUGUUUCUGUACAGGGCAGUGAGGGAACCUAGUUUUGGCCUUUUUCUAUGUGGAGGCCAAAAGAUAGAUUGGGGUCUAGCAACAUACCUAAGUAUUUGAAAGAGUGGACUGCGGUCAGUGUGCUAUUUGAUUUUGUUUUGAUGCAUAGGGCCUUCUGCUCUAGCUGCUCUUCUUGAGAUCUUUCUCUGAAGAGGAAAUUCACAAUUUGUUUUAGGAAGAGGUGACUGCUAAAAGGUCAUGAACCCACCAAAACAUUCUUAUUUGGCAAGUGUCCUUAGACCAGGUCCUACUGCAACAUUUUCAGCAUGGAAAAAAAUUGCACACAAAAAAAAAAAUGAAAAAGUGAAGAGUAAAUAAUGAAUAACAUGCACAGUUAAUCAUUUCUAGGCUAAUCAGCACUUUACCACCUUGGCUAAUUCCAGAAAUUUCUGACAGAUGGAAGCUAAGCAUUAGUAUGAUUGUGGUGAGAUCAAAAAAUUCUGAAAGCUUCACGCCUAUUGAAGUAAAAUCUCACUUACACUGCGCUGAUAGGUCUAUGUAUCACAAGGCAAUUCUUACACUCGUAGCUCUGAAAGUGACCAGAAUGUCAUGUGAAAUAUAUUAAUAUUUGCAAGCAGUAUUGUCAUUUUCAAAUCUCCUUCUCACAUCUUGUUCAUUCAAUUCCAGUACAUUGGCAUAAGUACUGUAUAAGUUAAAACAGCAGGUCAUUGCUGAGAACCUGCAGAUGGAAUAGAAAUUUGAAAAAUGAAAGGGAACAAAAUGUGUUGAUAUUCAUAAUAUAUCAUUCUAGAAGUAUGCAGGGAACAAUUUUAAUAGUUCACAGCUGGAGGUCAAUAAGAAGAGUAAUACAUAUUCUCACUAUAAACCAUUUCUUUAAUCUUUGUAACUUGUGAGAUUCCACAGCACAGGGCUUAAAUUUAUAUACGAGCAAGACAUCUUUUUUUUUUUAUUAGACCUUUUACAACAUUAAACUAAAAUCAAAGCAUUUUAGUGUACAUUUUUCUUUCUCCAGCUGCGUCAUGAGAUAUUGUGAAUUUGGCUAGUGACAGCAUUCCUCCCAACAAUCCAUCUUUCAGCAGGACAAUCCUAAUUUCAGGUGUCCUGUACCACUGCCCCACUUUAGUUCCCUGGUGUCCUACAUCUGGGACAUCAGGAAACUGUCCCUGCACAGGCGUAUCAUUAGAUACACUCUUGUGAUGUGCAGUGGGCACUAGAAACUUGCUGAUAGUGUUUCAGCAGAGCUCCCUGUAUUGAAAGAAAAAAGCUGGUCAGAAGCCCCAUUAAUGUGCAGACCUGUCCUUUAUAGUACUGGUACUCGUAACCAGGAGCACAAUGGAAGCACCAUAGGCACAAGAAUACGCUAGUAAACUGAGACUAGGCUACAGAAAAAUUAAGCAACGACUGAAGGGGUAAUCAGAAAAUAAAGGGCAGAUUAGUCACAUGGCCAGCCUCUCCCCUCUGCAGGCGGAGUUACAGAUCUCUAUGAAUUUACUCCUGGGACUUAUUGCCAUUUUGGAUGCAUCUUGUCCUAACUCUGCCCACCAUGCUAAUGGGCACCCCAGCCCAGAUACCCGCAUGGCGGCCACCAUCUUUGGAUGAUAGAGUGGCCGCUGCCAGUUCCCCGUUGACGAACAGGAGAAAAUUUGGUAGAAUUUGUAGAUUUGCAUUGUGUUCAGUUCUUGUAGUAGUAGUAGUAGUGUUGAUAGACGCAUUGGACAUUUAUUUGUGAUUUAUGUUAUUUGUUUAUGAUAAUGGAGGCAGGGGAAAUGAUUGAUGGCAUUUGAUUCUGCUGCAGGUUGGACUUUUUGGAAGCCAGCAAAGAGUACUUUGGUGGCACCAUUGUCCUUGUUAUUCAUUAGAAAUUCCAAGUAACCUGGAAAAGAGCAGAAAAAGAUUAGUGAGUUGCACAAUAUUGGAAUCAUGCUUAACUUUAAAUGUCUUUGUAAGCACCAGACGGUACAUGGGUAGAUCCUACCAAUGAAUCAAAUGUGAAUGUCAAUUGUUGUGGGUGUGAAAUGCUCUGAAAAUACACUGAUGUUUGUGUUUCUUCUACGUGAAUUUAAAUGUAUUUAUAAAUAAAUUAGCUUCCUUACUUACGACAAUGUGCAGCUUAUAAACUAAAUGAUGGGGAAUUCGGAACAUUAAAAGAAAAUAACUCUACUGUGUUGAUGAAAUGGAUAUAAUGGAAAUCUUUGUACCCAUUAUUUGGAGAGACUUAGAACAACACAUUAUUAGCCUCUUAACAUUGUGUUUUUUUAGUAAUAUCAAUAAUAAGUGUCAUCAAAUUCAUAAAUGUAUAAUUACCAUUACAAUUAGAUGUAUAAUUUGGGCAUGCAGAUACAUGCUGAAUUAACGUAACUGCGACCUCUUUUGUAAGCAGCAUUUGGGCUGAAAGGUCAUUUUGGCUUAAAGUGACACUCCAUGUACCAUAGAAACCUCUGCUCUUUGUAGACUUUAUGUUGUAGGGAGCUUAAAGGAACACUAUAUGGUCAGGAUUGCAUGCAUGUAUUCCUGAGCCUAUAGUGUUAAAAACACUAUUUAGGGCCCCAGCCCCUCUGGCCCCCCUUAAAUAAGCAUAAACCUCACCUUUAUUGCAGCGUCACGUUGUUCCGCUUGUGUAUUGCCGCAUCCAAUCCGCCUCCUUGGCUGACAUAAUAAAAAUUAAAAAUAGGUAGGCAACCUCCAAGUGUAAAUAAAGGCAGUUUCAAGAAGGAGCUAAACAAAUGAUACUGGGUGCUCACUCACACAAGGUCCCAUUUCCAAAGGACCAAAAAAGUUACAAAUACUACCCAAGCAAGGAGCACAACCAUAAAUAUAUACAAAAAUCUUUAUUAGAUGGGUCCACCACAAAUGGAUAUCUCAUCAUACAUAUCAAUAAAUCAAAACAAAAACAAACAUUCCCUUAAAAAUGGUACAGAGAAAUUACCCCAAAUUUCUAGAAUUACAUAUGAGCAAAAUAUAUUGUAAAUGAAUUGCUGAAUACCAGUGUAGUAAAUAGCUAUAUGAGAUACCAAAUCAUAACAACACAAAUAAAUCUAUAUACAAAGAACAGAUGCAUACCUAGACCUAGUGAGAAGAGGGAAGAAAAAAUCAAUCAGCAAGCCCCCAACGUUUCGGCAAGAAGAAUGCCUUUAUCAAGGGAGCUUCAUUUACAAUAUAUUUUGCUUAUAUGUAUUCUAGAAAUUUUGGGGUAAUUUCUCUGUACCAUUUGUAUGAGAAUUUUUGUUUUGGUUUAUUGAUAUGUAUGAUGAGAUAUCCAUCCGUUCAAUCUAUCGCCAAAUCCUGUCAUUUCCAUCUCAAAAACAUUGCGCGCAUCCGCCCCUACCUAACGCCAGAUGCGACUAAGGUGUUGGUCUAUUCCACUGUCCUUUCUCGCCUUGACUACUGCAAUACCCUUCUCAGUGGUCUUACGUGCUCCCAACUUGCGCCUUUACAGUCCAUAAUGAAUGCGGCGGCGAGGCUCAUCUUCCUGUCCGCCCGUACCUCCCAUGCCUCACCCGUCUGUCAGUCCCUACAUUGGCUUCCUAUAAAAUAUAGAGCUCAAUUUAAAAUUCUGGUUCUUGCUUUCAAAUCUCUUCAUAAUGCUGCUCCCACCUAUCUAUCCUCCCUUAUACACAAGUAUGUCCCGUCUAGGCCCUUUCGAUCUGCUGAAGACUUGCGUAUAUCUUCUGUUCGUACUCCCACCUCUGAUGCUCGCCUUCAAGAUUUCUCGAGGGCUGCACCGUUCCUGUGGAACUCGCUUCCUUCCUCCGUUAGAUGCUCACCCAGUCUCCACUCCUUCAAAAAAUCGUUAAAAACCCACUUCUUCAUAAAAGCGUAUCAAUUAAACUGUUAAUAGCUCUUGACUGAUUCCUCUUCUGCAACUGUCACUAGUCUAAUACUAUCCUUACCUUUUUGUGUCAUUUUACCCCACUCCCUCUAGCAUGUAAGCUCAUUGAGCAGGGCCCUCAACCCCUCUGUUCCUGUGUGUCCAACUUGUCUGGUUACAACUACAUGUCUGUUCGUCCACCCAUUGUAAAGCGCUGCGGAAUUUGACGGCGCUCUAUAAAUAUCAUAAUAAUAAUAAUAAAGAUUUUUGUAUAAAUUUAUGGUUGUGCUCCUUGCUUGGGUAGUCCUUGGCUGACAUAAUCAGAAUUGAUGAUCUUAGUCAAUCACAAUGCUUUUCCAUAGGGAUUCUGAUGAUCUCAGCCAAGGAGCCGGGGCAGAGCAAAAUGCCACACUGACCAAUCAGCAUUUCCUCAUUAAGAUGCAUUGAACCAAGGCAUCUCUAUGGGGAUUGUUCAAUAUCGAGCCGCUGAAGUCAGUGCUGCACACUGACCCAGAAAGCACCACUAGAGGCCAUUUGCGUGACUUCCAUUGGAGGUGUCCCUAGGCAAUAAUGUAACACUGCAUUUUCCCUGAAAAUGCAGUGUUUACUGCAAAACACCUGCAUGGACAUAUUAUACUCACCAGAACAACUACAUUAAGCUGUAGUUAUUCUAGUGACUAGAGUGUCCCUUUAACCUUCCACCAUUCUACUCAUUAUAGCUACAAUUACUUACUAAAAAUAUUUGAAGUAUUUGUCCGCAGUGUUUGGUGUAGCAUGCUCAUGUAGUAUAGCUAAGAUUCUUUCAUAGUUUUCCAUUGGAGAACUUGUGCUGCAGUGGCUCACACAUACACUCUCUAGUACAUAAUUAAGCUACUGAGCAAGAUAAUAGAUGUAUUUUGGUGUAUUCUGUUGGCUUGCUUUCUAGCUUGUUUUAACAUGAUAGCUCUUACAGCUUCAUUGCAUGGUGUACAGCUUUCUGUAGAUAGCUGACAGGUAACCAACAUAUACUGUUUGUGGGACAUGUGCAGCACUACCAUCUGGGAGUUAAAAAUGUGAAUACCAAGAUUUUCAAAGAAUGCACAUUGUAAUUGGUAUAAAGUAUCAGUUUACUUUACUUUUUUGUUUCCUUUUGAGAUGUUAUCGUCACAUAUGUAUUAAAGGUGGGGGCUUAAAAUUUAGACUUCAGCCUCUACAUCUUCACAGUUUAUACAAAAUGGUCUGACUACUCUUAACAGAAUGAAGAAUUAAAUUACAUUUAUCUACCCAAUAUAUUGCAAGAUAAAAUAGUUCUUUCUGAAAAAAGCAUCUGUAGUUCUAACACCAUUUUUGUGUGGGGGUUCUAGCUAUUGUCCACUAUUACCAUUUCUUACUCUUUACACCCUUACUAUUACUGAAAUGUUGGUACUUCUCUUGGCGCAUUCUGUCAAUUGUACCUGCAUAACUUAUAAUGUCUUCUCCAGUCUCACAAAUAUUCAACUGCUUCAUGGCAAGCAUCUUUAGUACUUAAUAGAGCACCCUUUUGCUGUUAUGACCUGUUGUAAACGAGAUGCAUAGCCAGACACUAGCUUCUAGGCAGCGUUCCUGAGGAAUCUUAGACCAUUGUUCAUGAGCAAAGCCCUCCAGUUCAGUAAUGUUCUUGGGUAUUUGUGCUGCAACCACCUUCUUCAAAUCCAACCAAGAAUUUUCUAUGGGGCUCAAAUCAGGUGACUGGGAUGGCCACUGUAGAAUUUUCCAGGACUACUUCUGCAAUAAAGCCUUGGUGGAAUUUGAUGUAUGCUUAGGAAGGUUGUUGGAAGGUCCACUGAUGCCCAAUCUUCAGCUUCCUCAAAGAUGGCAUGACAUUUUCUCCUAUAAUUUCCUGAUACUUCAAGUAGUCCAUCUUGCCUUCCACAUGCAGUGCCAGAGGAUGCAGCCUCAGAGCAUCCCCGGGCCACAACCAUGCUAAACUGUAGGCAGAUUGUACUUUUAAACAUAUGCUUCAACAUUCUACCUCCAAACAUAUCGUUGAUCUGUUGGGCCAGUUUUUUUUCAUCGAUCUGCAGAACAAAAUGCCAAAACGUAUGUUGCUUAGUCAUAUGACUUUGACCAUAUUGGGGCCUACUUUUCUUGUACUUUUGGGUCAUUAGUGGUGUAUGUCUUGGAGUCCUGGCAUCAGUGGUGGAUCUGGGAGUGGGGGGGGAAUGGAGCAAUUGCCCCCACCCCCAAGAAAUUUUACAGCGCUCCCUCUCCCUUGCCUCCCCCAUCUCCCAUGCAGGAUCACGCUAUCCAAGUGCCAGCCCUGCUGUGUGCCUUCACAGACUGGUAGGAAGAUCAGAGAUCUUCACUAUGGCCCACAGGAGCUAUAACACUGUGUUUACUUGAGGGAUUUUUCACAACCUGCCUUUUCAGAAAUCUGGUUGCAGUCAUUGAUAGUUUCCUUUUUCUGCCCCGUCCAGGUAGUGUAAAAACUGUCCCUUCAAUUUUAAACAUGCGAACUAUGCUUCCAACAGUGUCUCUAGGAACAUUCAUUACUUUCAUUAUCUUUUUGUAUCUUGUUCCUUGUUUGUGAAAAGUGAUGAUCUCUUCUCAUAACUUUGUGGACCAUUCUUUUGACUAACUAUUUCUAACAUGCAGUCAUAUGUAACACUCAACAAACCCUUAGCCAGUUCAGAUAUUUCAAGUGUUCCAGCUGAAGCACACCCGGUGCAGCUAAUGAAGCUCUUGGUUAGUUGCAACAGGUGUGCUCAAGACAACACCUUUUUUUGCAUAUAUAUGCAGUUGUGAGGGAUUCCACUCAGGGGGUUGAAUAAUUUUGAGACUGGAAAUGUGCAGCCCUAUUUCACUGUUUCUAUUCUCUCUCUCUCUCUCUCUCUCUCUCCAUUUUUUUUAAAUCUCUUUAUUGGGAUAAAUGUUACUCAUGCUUUAAUAUUUGUAAUUGAUUAUGAAACAUUAACUUUAAGAUGUUUCCAAUUAUGCCAUUCUUUCUGAUUGUAAUAUAACAUUUCCUAGCCACACUUCUCAGCCAUCUGACUAGCUCUUAUUCAUCCGCUUGCUUGAAUUUUAAGCAAUUUUGUAACUUUAUUAUUAGUACACGUGAGAUGAUGUGAGUGGAGUAUGAGAGGUAAUUCCAUGUUAUUCUCUGUAUAAUGAAUGGCAUGGUCCAUCCUAAAUUGCCUUGCUGUCAUACGAGGAAUUCUAAAUAUGCAUUCAAGGAGUUGUGAUAUAAGGUUAUAAAAUUUGGAGAAGGGACAGCGUACAUGUGCUGUGACUCUAUCCAAGUGAAGCCAAUACAGGGUACCAUGCUAUAUGUGGAGGAUGUCUCCAGUAAAUAAUACUCACGUAAGUUAAAUGUAUAGAAUUUGUGGAGACUUUGCUAGCACACUAUAUAGAUUAUAAAGGUACCUACCUAUUAUCCACACAAUCUGUACCAGUUUAAUGUAAUGCUAUUGACAGGAUUUAAUUUUAAAGGUUUACUUUAAAGGAACAAUCCAAACCCCUAAAAUGUUUUAUUUGGAUUGGAGGUAAGUAACUUUAUUACUUAAUCAAAAAGAAACGUCAACUUUUAGAACAAAAUGUAUUUCUUUCCAGUGUUGUCAUGUUCUUUUACCUGUUUUAUUUAACUGUAAUUAUAUUAUAAAACUUUUUUAAGCAUUAAACCCCCCCUCCCCCCCAAAAAAAACCCCCACUGAUAAUUCAAUGUAUACAUGAGAUUGUGCUUCUCAGCCUCCCUUUUUUAUGCUAUACAUUCCUGAUAGGUUGGAAACCUGUAAGGACUCACAUAUCCUACUGUGUUUUUCUCUUCCAAGUUGAAUUGGUAUCACUGUCCUUUAAAAAUGUUGUGUCACCACAGAUAACACUUUUUUUUAAUUGCUCAAUUUGAAAAAAGAUUUUAUAUAGAUUACAUGUAGAGACACCCAGCCUAAUCCAAUGCCAAGUGACACACAUCCAUCUUCUGCAGAGCUGCAAAGGUCAGGUGGCUAUCCUUGUGGUCAUUUAUUGACUGCAAGUGUCAGCCAUUGAAUGAUCAUCUGUGCAUGGAAGGUGGAGUUACACUUGCAGCAGCUAACCUGAGUAUCUCUGUAUGUGCAGAGAUACUCUGCACAUAGUGGUAUUGAUCACAAGUGGUUAUGGUGCUUGGAGUAACUAACAUCUACAGGUUAUUACAGUACUUAUGGUGCAAGAACACUCUGACUGCAGUCCCUGUGGUGUUUGUAAAACAAUUUUUAAAUAGAUUAAUUGGCACCCUUUCAGCAUGGGUCGUCAUAUGUGGAAGUUUCGUCACCCUCAUUGUGAGUUGAAAUACAUGUACAUGUAUAUUGGGAUUCAGCUGCAUCAGUUUGUCAUUAGUUCUUUCCAAGCUGUUGACAUAGAACAUGUUCCCAGUAUAUAUGUUAAAGGAACACUUUAUGGUCAGGAACACAAACAUGUGCCUCCCCUUAACUCCCUUAAAGUAAUUAAAACUCACCUUAUUUCAGGCACCGUGCAGAUCCGCUGGCACUGGCCCUGCCCCCAAUUUGUGUCCCUGGUGACAUCAUCAGAAUUGCCGAUUUUUUGCCAAUCCAAUUCUUUUCCUUAGGCAAUGAGGCGGGAUGGGACGGGACCAAACACCAUUUUGGCCAAUCAGCACCUCCUCAUAGCUAUGCAUUAAAUCAGAGCACCUGUAUGAGGAAAAUUCAGCUGAACAGCAGUGCUGCCUACUGUGCAGCACUGCCCCAGGAAGCACCUCCAGUGGCCAUUUGAGGAGUUUCCACUUGGAGGUGUCCCUAGGCAGUGAAAAUGCAGUGUUUGCAUGAAAAUGCCUGAAGGCAAUGAUUAUACUCACCAGAACAACUACAUUAAGCUGUAUAUAGCUGUAUAUAGUGACUAUAGUAUCCCUUUAAAUAUGUUACAAUAGGUUAAUGGUUAUCUGUGUUAAAUUUACAUCCAUAAAAUCUAUACCAGUGCAUCACUGAACUUACAAAACUUGACAUUUGUCUAGUGUUGUUCCAAACCUGGAGGUAGUAAAUGGGUGUCAUUCAUAUUAUAAUUACCAAAUCCCUGGAGCUCUGUUCCCGUUGCAGGGCCUCCAACCCACUGUCAGUACUACAUUCAACAGACAGAGACAUCUCAAACAGAUGUUUGGAAAAUAAAAAUAAACUUUGUUUAUUAAAAGGCUUCGCACACAAUAAAAACAAUAUGUUUUGGCCAUUGACCUUAAUUAUGUGUAUAUAUAUAUAUAUAUAUAUAUCCUAUGAAACUAUUGCAAUAAGGUAAUCACCCAAUCACAUGGAUUUGACACCACGUAAUCAUCAACCGAACCUACUGGUCCAGUAUUCAUACCCAUGGAUCAUGCUUAUGUUAAUUUCUUGGUCAUAAUAAUUGCUUCCACUAAUAUUUAGAUCCUGUAAAGAUUGCAAAGAUUCUUCUCUCUCUGUGCAUUAUGUGGGCCUCUCUGUUGUGGAAACACACAUGUAUUGAAACCAUAAACCUCUAUUUUGUGUGUAUCAUACAUUGUUGUUGGUUUUUGUUUUUUUAUUAUUUGUUUGUUUCUCUCUUUUUGUGUUUCACUGAUGGUUGUUGUGGGUCAUUCGUGUAAAUGCGAUUUUUGAGCAGUGUAAAUGUUUGAAAGCCUUUCUUCUCAUUCAUUACAAUGCACUCUUUAUUUCAGUUUCCUGGUGGAAACAUCUCCCUUUUUUCUCUGGGUGUAAACUAUUUAUCUUUGUGUAUUUACCUUGUUUUGCAACCUGCUAUCCUUUUAAUUUUGUUUUGUCUCUUGUUUGUGUUUUUAGCACUGAGAUCAUGUUAUUAUAUAGCAUAUGUUUUCUUUUUGCAAUUCACCAUUUAAUUUGAUGGAACAUUUCCACUUUUUAUACUAGUCUUUUUGUUUCACAGUCUGGGUGACUCGCAUAAUGGCUGUUUUGUAUAUGCUGUGCAUGUAACAUGCUUUUUCUUUCUAGAAUGUUUUUUGUGGUAUAAUCUUUGAUCCAUGUACUCUGCCUUGGGCAUUAUCUACACCUCAUUAGGAUUUCAGUAUAUUCCUAGUCAAUUUUAAGUUAUGCAAGGCAUUGUGUUGUCCUGAGAGAGUGCUUUUUUUUCACUACCUCCAAAUAGGGGGGGGGGAGUUCUUCCUUUUUUUUUUUUUCCCUUUCCAGAUCAUGCGGACUAUUGGGGGGAAUUGGGGAUGAAUAUAACCAGAAUAGAGAAUGACUCUUAGAAUAGCUAUUUUAAAUGUACAUGGACUUAAUUCUCCUCAAAAACAAGGUUGCCUAUAUAAACUAAUGAGAUAAAAUAAAAUUGAUAACACCACCUGCUCCCUCGAUCCUAUUCCCUCGCAUCUCAUCCGCACUUUGUCUCCCUCUCUUUCUCUUCCUCUCGCUAACAUUUUCAAUCUCUCCCUUUCCUCUGGCACAUUUCCCUCUGCCUUCAAACAUGCAACCGUAACCCCAAUUCUGAAAAACCCCAACCUCGAUCCCAACUCCCCAUCCAACUACCGCCCUAUCUCGCUACUGCCAUUUGCCUCCAAGAUCCUCGAGAGAGUUGUCUACGCCAGAUUGACAGACUUUCUUGAAUCCAACUCUCUGCUUGACCCCCUUCAGUCUGGAUUCCGCGCUGGUCACUCUGUCGAAACUGUUGUGACCAAAGUAUCCAACAAUUUAAUUUCUGCUAAAUCUCGCGGCCAAUACUCUAUCCUAAUCCUCCUUGAUCUUUCUGCCGCCUUUGACACUGUUGAUCAUCAACAGCUUCUUCACAUUCUCCGUAACUUUGGUCUACGGGAUUCUGCUCUCUCCUGGUGCUCCUCCUACCUCUCCCAGCGCUCCUUCAGUGUUUCUUUCUCUGGCUCUGCCUCUUCUCCCCAACCCCUCCCUGUCGGCGUCCCCCAAGGUUCUGUCCUCGGCCCCCUACUGUUCUCUAUCUAUACUGCCUCCCUUGGUAAACUCAUCAGCUCUUUUGGCGUCCAAUACCAUUUAUAUGCAGAUGACACGCAAAUCUACCUGUCCUCCCCUGAUCUCUCUCCCCCCACCUUGACUCGUGUUUCUGACUGCCUCUCUGCUAUUUCCAACUGGAAGGCUGCUCACUUCCUUAAACUCAAUCUGUCCAAAACAGAACUUCUAGUUUUUCCUCCCUCAAGUGCUGCUACUCCUGUGUCUGUCGCCAUCCAAGUCAACGGCGCUACUAUCACCUCUACCUCCCAGGCUCUCUUUUACUCCCCAUGUUCAAUCGAUAGCCAAAUCCUGUCACUUCCAACUGAAGAACAUAGCGCGCAUCCGCCCAUAUCUAACGCCGGACGCGGCUAAGGUACUGGUUCAUGCUGUUGUUCUCUCUCGCCUUGACUAUUGCAAUCCCCUUCUCACCGGUCUUACAUGUUCCCAGCUUGCACCACUGCAAUCUAUAAUGAAUACGGUUGCGAGGCUUAUUUUCCUGUCCGGUCGCACCUCCCACGCCUCCACGCUCUGUCAGUCCCUGCAUUGGCUUCCAGUUAGAUAUAGAGCCCAAUUCAAAAUUCUGGCGCUUGCUUACAAAUCCCUACAUAAUGCUGCUCCAACAUACCUAUCCUCCCUCAUACACAAGUAUGUCCCGACGAGACCCCUGCGCUCAGCCCAAGACCUACGCCUAUCUUCUUCCCGGAUCCCCACCUCUACGCCUAUCCUCUUCCCGGAUCCCCACCUCUGAUGCUGCACCUAUUCUGUGGAACUCCCUUCCCUCCUCAAUCAGACUUUCACCCAGCCUCCAUUCCUUCAAAAAAUCUUUGAAAACUCACUUCUUUAUUAAAGCGUAUCAAUUAAACUGUCAGCAGGUUUCUCAUCCCCCACCCCAUGACUCCGUUCCUUCACCUGUCAAAAAUGACCUACCAAGCACUCAAUAAACCCUUCUGUAACAAACUAUUUAAUUCCCCUACUUUAACCCUUUGUGUCACUAUACCCCACUCCCUCUAGCAUGUAAGCUCAUCGGGCAGGGCCCUCAACCCCCUCUGUUCCUGUACGUCAGUGGUCUGAUCUCAAUUAUGUGUCUGUUAGUCCACCCAUUGUACAGCGCUACGGAAUUUGUUGGCGCUAUAUAAAUAAUAAAGUAAUAAUAAUAAUAAUGUUUACUUAAGAAACUCACAGGAUAGAUAUACCAAAAAAACUAUGGAGAUUUAAAGACUAUCCAAUAAUUUGUUUCUAAUCUCAGGGGAAAGAAAGAAAAAAAAAGAGGAGGAGUGGCAACAAUAAUCUCAGCCAGAGUUAAAUUUGAAUAUAUCCCCGAGAUAAAGGACAAUAAGGGGAGAUACCAUGUACUGAUUGCGAAGAUCAAUGAUAUUCCAUAUACCUUGGCAAAUAUCUACUCCCCCAAAUCAAGCACCAACUAAGUUUAUUAGUAAUACGAUUGAUGAAAUUGAAUCCAUUUCUCAAGGUCAUAUUAUCCUGGGAGGAGAUUUUAACUGCAUUUUGAACACACUACUAGACAAAAACAAUACAGGCACCACUAAAUAUGAUCCACGUCUUAAAUCUACAGUAUAUCCCAAUCUUUUCAGGAUAUUAUAACUGGCCAUACUUUAUAUAAACUGAAAUUCUGGUCUUUCCUCCCUCAAGUGUUGUUACUCCUGUGUCUGUCUGUCUCCAAGUCAACGGUGCUACCAUCAGCUCCACCACGCAGGCUCACUGCUUAGGUGUUCUCUUUGACUCUGACCUCUCCUUCAAGCCUCAUAUUCAAUCUAUCGCCAAAUCCAGUCAUUUCCAUCUCAAAACCAUUGCGCGCAUCCGCCCCUAAUUAACGCCAGAUGCGACUAAGGUGUUGGUCCAUUUCAUUGUCCUUUCUCACCUUGACUACUGUAAUCCACUUCUCAGUGGUCUUACGUGCUCCCAACUUGCGCCGUUGCAGUGCAUAAUCAAUGCAUAAUCAAUGAGGCUCAUCUUCCUGUCCACCCGCACCUCCCAUGCCUCACCCUUCUGUCAGUCCCUACAUUGGCUUCCUAUAAAAUAUAGAGCUCAAAUUAAAAUUCUGGUUCUUGCUUUCAAAUCGCUACAUAAUACUGCUCCCACCUAUCUAUCCUCCCUUAUACACAAGUAUGUCCCGUCUAGGCCCUUACGAUCUGCUGAAGCCUUACGUCUAUCUUCUGUCCGUACUCCCACCUCUGAUGCUCGCCUUCAAGAUUUCUUGAGGCUGCACCGUUCUUGUGGAACUCGCUUCCUUCCUCCCUUAGAUGCUCACCCAGUCGCCACUCCUUCAAAAAAUCUUUAAAAACCCACUUCUUCAUAAAAGCGUAUCAAUUAAACUGUUAAUAGCUCCUGACUGUUUCCUCUUCUGCAACUGUCACUAGUCUAAUACUACCUUUACCUUUUUGUGUCAUUUUACCCCACUCCCUCUAGCAUGUAAGCUCAUUGAGCAGGGCCCUCAACCCUUCUGUUCCUGUGUGUCCAACUUGUCUGGUUACAACUACAUGUCUAUUCGUCCACCCAUUGUAAAGCGCUGCGGAAUUUGAUGGCGUUAUAUAAAUAACAUAAUAAUAAUAUGAUUGCUGGAGGACCUUUCACCCUAAUGAACGGGACUAUACAUUUUUCUUGCACGUCCAUCAAUCUUAUUCCCAUUUAGAUAUGUUCUUUGUGAUAUCUAAUUUUUUGAACCAAGUAGUAAAAACUACUAUAGGUUCAAUCGUAUGGUCAGACCAUGCUCCAUUAUUUUUAGAAUUUAAUAAUAACCAAGAAUUUAAGACUAGGACUAAUUGGAGAUUGAAUGAAACCUUAUUAAACUAUACUUCAAAUUUAAAUCAAAUAUCCCUUGAGUUAGAAGAAUUUCUAUCAUUCAGUGAUGAUGGAGUAUGUCCUUUCCCCACAUUGUGGUGUACAUUUAAGUGUUUUUCGCGUGGAAUAUUAAUAAAACUGGGAUCAAGAUUAGAAAAGAAUAGAGAGAAGGAUCUUUCAGAAUACCAGAUUGAGCUUGCAAAAUUAGAAAGAUUAAAUAAAAUACAGAUAAACCCUGAUCGAAUUAUUGAGAUCACACGGAUUAGAAUAUAAUAGUCGAGAAAACAUAUGAACAAAUUAAUAGAGCUAUAACUAUAUUAAAACUAAAAAAUUAGAAAAGGGUAAGGCACCUGGCCCUGACGGCUUUUCAGCCCUAUUUUAUAAAAAAAUUGAUCAUUUAGUAGCUCCUUUACUACUGAAACUUUUACUGAAAUAUCUAGUAAUAAAACAAUACCACGUGAAAUGUUACAAGCAUCAAUAAUUCUGAUAUUAAAACGAGGUAAAGAUCCCUCAAUAACUUCAAAUUAUAGGCUUAUUUCACUUAUAAAUACUGAUAUAAAAAUAUAUGCUAAAAUCUUAGCUGACCAUUUGAGCAUCAUAAUGCCUGACCUGGUUCACGAAAGGAGCAUAACUGACGAUAUCCGUAGAAUACUUAACCUUCUACACAGAUUAAACUUACAACAAACUAGUUCACUAUUGUUAGCCUUGGACGCAGAGAAGGCUUCUGACAGGGUCAGCUGGGAUUUCCUUGAUCUGGUAUUGAAAAGAAUAUCAUUGGAAUUUUUAAGAAUAAUAUAAUGAACUUAUAUUCAGAUCUCACUGCAAGGAUUAUCGGUCCUAAUUUUGUAUCAGACAGAUUUCUUAUUCGGAAUGGAACCAGACAGGGAUGUCUGCUGGCACCUCUAUUGUACAUACUAACAAUCAAACCAUUAGCUAUAAUGAUAAAGAAAUCAACACAGGUCGGGGGAGUCCGAGCUGGCCCUGCCGAACAUAAGAUAACACUUUUGCUGACAAUGUGCUCCUCUCCCUCACGAAUCCAUUGGCCUCGAUUCCCGCUGCUUUAAGACUUAUUGACCAAUACAGUAUAUAUUUUAAUUAUAAAAUUAAUUUACAUAAAACACAGAUCUCGACAGCUUGGGUACACGAGGGAGAGAUGGACGAGUUAAAAAAGCUAUAUCAUUUUAAUUGGAAUAACAAGUUUAUAGAUUACUUGGGCAUUAAAUUGAGCUCUGAUUUUAAAGCCCUUACUUGAGCAAAAUUAUAUAGAUCAAUUGAAAUUAAUGAAGCAGCUACUGAUCAAAUAGAAAGGAUUUGAAAUAUUGUGGCUAGGAAGAGUCAAUUUAAUAAAAGCCAAUAUAAUACCAAAAAUAGUAUAUCUAUUAAGAUCAAUCCCCCUUAGAGUUAAUCCAGUAUACUCCAGAAAUAUAAAAAAAAAAUCCCUGAUUUUAUAUGGAUGGGGCUGAAACCUAGAAAAUCAAAUACAAUUUGAAUACUACAAAAGAAUAAGGUUGGGGUAUCUUUUCCAGAAUUGAGCACCUUACAUGAAGCAUGUAUGCUUACACAUGUACUAUCUUGGAAUGCCCCAUAUUAUUCUGAUAUGAUCUGGUUUGAAAUGGAGAGCCAAGACUGUCUACCAUACUUUCCCCCUAAUAUCAUAAGGUCCGACGUAAAACAUCUUAAUCUCUAAAACCUCUAACCCCAUUAUAUUGGAUUCUUUGAGUACCAUAAAAAAUAAAGAAAAAAUGAGUAUAACCAAUAAUUUGCUCUUAAAGACACCACUAGAGGCCUUACAAGAUUAUAUUACUGAUUUAAAUCUUACCUUAUGGAUUCAGAAUGGCCUAAUUUGCUUAGCAGACAUAGUUAAUCAAUAUAAGAUAAUUCCUUUCCCACAGUUACAGAUUCAAUGUGGAUUACCAAAUAAUGAACUAUUUACUUAUCUUAGAUUAAAAGUGUUCUCUUGUCCAGAUCUAUUCUACCAAACCAUAUUCUUGAAAAUUUUAUAAUAAAUUCAAGGGAAAAGGGACAGAAAUCUAGAACAAUUAAAUUACUAAAUCAUAGUGAAAAUAUGACUAAACACACCCCCAUCCUUAAAUGGGAGAAAUAUUUGAAUUGUUCCUUUUCAAUGGAGGAAUGGAUUACUGGAACAGCACUCGUUACACGUAAUAUUCACUGUAUAACACUUGAGGAACUACACUAUAAAUUAAUCUUCCAUUUAGUAUAUGGUUCUACAACGAAUGUACAACAUUUCUAAAUCAAACUCAAAUCUUUGUUGGAGAUGUCUUUUAGACAUUAGCACUAUUUAUCAUAUUUGGUGGGAAUGUUCACGGCUGAAUUCAUUAAAAAUAAGCUUACGCAAUCUACUUAAAUAUCUGUUCCCAAAUAUCCAUACUAUUUCCCAACAAAUGUUUUUGUUUAAUAUUGAUAUUCCUAUUGGUAGUAAAAUACACAAAAAUCUAAUUGAACAUAUUCUAAUGGCUAGUAAGAUUUGCGUAGCAAGACAAUGGAAAAAAAUAGAACCAACAAGUUGGGUAGAAGUACAAACCCAAUUAGAAUUUCAAUGUAGAAUGGAAUGUGCAUUUUAUACUUCGAAAGGGGAUAUUGAUAAGUAUAGACAAAUUUGGCAUCCGUGGACACAAUAUAAGGAUUCUCAAAAUAUAAAUUGAAGUAACAUAGAAUUAUGUCCCCCAAAUGUAUCUUGCGACAUGAUCCCCGUAAUCCUGAAGGGCCUUUUCUUUCUUUCUUUUUUUUAUUUACUUAUUUUAUUUAUUUAUUUUUCUUCUUUCUUGUAUGAAUGAAGUAUGAAAGGAAUAUCCUUUGCACUCAGUUAAAUAGUAUUCAGUAGAUUUAAUAAAGACUACUGAUUUGAAUGUAAUGAUGCUCACAUUUUAUUGUUCAUAAUGUAUAAAUAUAAAUAGAACAUGUUUAAUGUCUUCUUUUUGUAACCAUUUAAAUAUUUUAUUAAAUAAAGAAUCAUAAAUAAAUGAAGUUCUCUUGGUGCCAUGUGGUCCCCGGGCACACUCUUACCUUAACAGGUUAAACCGUUCUUAAACGGUUUAACCCCAAAAGUUUACUCUACCGCCAAACUCCAAGUUCUCCAGGCAGCAUCCUGCUUCUGAUUCUCAGUUACAGGAAGUGCAGUGUUCUGCCCGGCCAAGGGCACCACUGAUACCACUGGCUAGAGCAGUCAGCUGACACUCUAAGCCAAUUAGCAGUUCUUCUUUGGUAAAAAGUAAAAAAAAUGUAACAAUGGUGAGCUAAUGAGUGGCAUAGAGUGUGACUUUGAGGGUAUCCUUGACCUUAUUUUAAUACAAUAAGCGCUGUACCAAGUAUGUUUAGAAGUCUGAAGAUACAGUCACUUUAGGAAAGACUUGAUGAUAUUGUAAAAGGAUUUUGUGCCUAUUGACCAUAGAGAAUCCAGAAUGCAAAUUACUAAAGCUCGCUGUGACGAGACCAAUCUCGCCACUGUGCAUUGGAGGAGCCUGUUUGCCCGCCUGCUGCCUUUAGACUAUGGCCCCUUGUUGAAAGGCUUGAUUUUCCCCUGCAAAGACACGAAAGCUGGGUCAUUCGGUACUUGCCCUAUUUGAACAGUGAUAUACCCCAGAUAGCUAUGCCAUGGAGCCCAUUUGUAUAACGAAACACUAUGUGAAAGACUUUGGCUUCAUGGCAAUUGAACUGUAUGUAUGUGAUCUGAGUGCCAUUCAGUAAUAAUUUGUGCUCAGAUCUAAGCUAUCUGGGGCUAUGUUGAAUGUACCUGUUUUAUGCAAUAGCUGCACAGUUAUAUAUUUUUAUGUAUUUUAUUGUCUUUUGCUACCAUGUGUUCAAUGGAGUUUAUCCUCUGUCCUUGGAGAUAAUUGGAUUACUUCCCAAAUAUCUCCAGGAUAGAAGACACUGUGGAACUGGUUUUGGGCAGAAAAGCCAUGCUUCAUUUGGUCACAAAGGAUUUCGAUCUAUCUUUCGAACCAAUGGACCAAUUUGGAUGAUUUUGACAUAUGUUUGUAUUUGGAGUAUGCUGAUUCUGAAAAUGUGAGUGUGAUGUAUACUUUUAAAGUUAUGAAUAAUGUGGAAAAACUGUAUUUCUCUGCCUGUGAUAAUUACAUUAACCCAUUGUGUAAGGUAAUUGUAUCAAAGGCAGAGGGGAGGAUAUUGUGUGGGAGUGUCUGAGUGUAUUGUAUGUGUUUAUUGGUUGUUUUACAAAACCCUGUGGGUGGUACUAAUGUGUAAGAAUGUGUAAAUAACAACAAUAAACCCACACCUCUGUCUGUUCCUGCUUGACCCUCAAAACGGAGCCUUGUCUCGUUCUUGGGGGGAUUUAUUGUAUGCUGUUCCAGUUUGACAGCUAGGAGUGUAAACCUAAUCGUAUGGUUUUUCCUAUUCUGUUUACAGCAUUUGUAUGGUUCCGGUUCAGCUGUUUACGGCAUUCAUAUGGUUUCCUGUUCGGUAGUCUUUGGUAGCUGCCUGGUUAUCUGGAAGGGGAAUAUCCUCUAAACGGCGUUUAACCCCUUUUAUGACUGGGGUGCCGUUACACUCGCAACCACUUAUGAUUAUUUAAAGUUCCAUGUAUUAUUAUUAUUAUUAUGAUAUUUAUAUAGCGCCAUUAAAUUCCACAGCGCUUUACAAGAAAAGAAUGUAGAAAAGAAUGUGGACAGUUUUGGUACAUAUUAUAGUUAAUUUGAAAACUGACAUAUAUGGCUUUGACUACUUUCAUACCUCUUAAGUGUGGCGACAUCUGGUGGGAUUGUUCUAGUUUGUGUACUACUCUCCAAAUGUUGCACUUGUUGGAGACUCCAGAGGAAAUCCCCAAACGGCAUUACUAAAUACCCCAAAUCAAUUAUUGCAUAUGCAAGUGCUUCAACUACAUUUUUUAUGUGUGUGUAAAUCUGGUUGGCAACUUGUUUCAGUUCAAUACACGUGUAUAAUGAGCUGACAUGUUUUAUUUGCAACCAUAUAACACUUCUUUUAAUCCUAUAUUGUUGUCGGUGAGAGUUCAGAAAUAUGCAACUUUUGUCCCAAACAAAAAAAAAUACAGCUUAUCGCCAUCAUUCAACUUGAGGUAGUAAGGGAUCCUACCUGGAAACCUAGUCAUUGUUUCUACUUCAAAGACUCCUGCUAAGAGUCAUUGAAUCCACUUGGAAAUUAAAAAAUAGAGUAUUUCGUGCAAGUCAGUAGAAACCACUAGAAGCCUGAGAUUGGAUGAUAUACCUUACAGGGUUUUGGUUUAAACAGAAAUCAGAUCCGUGGGGAAAAUGGCAAAACAAACACCUGAAGACAAAUUUAAUUUUACCUUGUCUGAUAUACUACUAAAAUUAAGCAGACACCCAUUGACUGUAGAAGGUUUAAAGGGAUACUCCAUGAAUAAAUACCACUUUAAAUUAUUUUGUUGCUUUUGGUUAGUAACUUUACUCUUGCAUGCUUGGCUAGCUUGGACCACACACACAAACAAUUACUGGGCCCUUAUUAGGGGAAAAGAAAUAGAACCAAAAAGUUGGACAGAGUGGGUCCACAAGCAAAGUCUGCCCAGAGCCCUGUUAAUAUUGAAGACCGUUUUGGUCUGAAAUCUGGAAAUAUUUCGGUUGUGUGUACGCCACAAACACAUCUGGAUUCCUUGCAUGUUUUAGUAAAGUUAUCCUGACUUAGAGAUUAAGUUUGUGUAUUAAAUGGUAGCUAAGAGCGAUGGAAAUCAAUGUUCUUUUAACCUUCUACAUGCGAUCACAUUACAAAUACCACUACUGAGAUUUCAAGCAACAGAUUCCUCAGAGUUUCUAAUGGCCAUGCCUUUGAGGCAGCUCUCCAAGAAUGCCCCAUAUUUCAUCAGGGUGUGGUAGAACCACUAAUGACCAGUGUAGUUUCAUGACAGUGCUCUUCGUGAAUUGGAUUGCUUGGCAUUUACUUACAUUCCACACAGAGUUGCAGAAAUAAUUUUAAUACUUUUCCGACAUUUAAAUAAAAUUAUCAUAAAUAUCACUACUUUUAAUUUUAUUUUGAUGUAUAAACCCAUUUUUGUCUCCAUAUCUCAAGUAAACCUAAAGCUUUAAACACGUUUCAAUACUACAAUUAAAUAAAAGGAUAAUAUUCUCUUUAUAUUGUGAAAAGAACUGCUCAAAAUAAUUGGGUGUUUUUCCUUGAUAUCUCGUAAUUCCUCUAAAGUAUCGUCUAUACAGUACACUCACUGGCAACUAUAAUAAGUCCACUUCUACAACUGUUCACUAUGCUAAUCAUAUGGCUUCAGCUCAAUACAUUCAAGUAUUCAGAUGUGCUCAGUAGUCGCAUAUGACAAAAUGGGGGGAUGACCUCUCUCUUGAGGAAAAUUAUUACUUACAUGUCCUUCCUUUUUUUUUAUAUUUCUCUUUUCCCUUUUUUUAUAUUUGGGCAAAUGGAUAACAUUUGUGAUUUAUAAGAUUGUUCGUUCGUAUCAGAUGAAAUACCUUAUGGCAUUGUACAGACUAUUUUGUAUGCUCUCAAAACUUCAAUAUUUAAAAAAAAUGUGAGAUUAAUUUGUUGCUCAAAGUAAGCAUCAACAGUGGUUUGAGUAACUCAUAAACAGCUGAGAAUUGUGCAAAAACACAAAAUCAUCCAGUGAGUGGCAGUUCUCCAGGCAAAAACACCUUAAUAAAACAAAGGCUAAACUAGGCUUCACUGGUUCAGGCUAACAAGCGGGUAACUAUAAAUUAUAUAACCAUCAGGAUUAUUCACUAAUAAGAGAAUUGUCGAUAGUUCAAAGUGAAUUUCAACGUUAAAGCCAAAAUAGCUGAAGAGAAAACGUAGAUGACUUGGAGAAUAUUUAAAUUGUGGUAAUUUUCUUUUUAAAUAUGAAAUUUGCUUUGAAUUCACUUUGAAUUUCCAACAAUUUCACAUUAGUGAAUAACUCUGUAUGUGUUUCAGCUGUGCUAUGCAGACCAUAUCUAAACAUUUUGUACCUUUUAGUGGUUUGUUACAGCAGCAAAAGGUUUCACUCCUGUCUCCUAAGAACAGAAAACUGAGGCUAUAAUUGCAGCAAAAACUGGAAAGUAGAAGAUAGGAAAAAUGUCUCUUGGUCUAAAGAAUCUGUUGAUAAAUGCAAAUGAUAGGCUAAAAAUUUUACAUAAACAUUAAUUCAUGGAUCCAUCCUGCCUGGUGGAAACAGUUCAGGCAUUGUUAAAUGUUACUGUAAAUCCUUAAUGCCCCCAUUAGGGAGGAAGAGGUAGUUUGGUCUAUAGAAACAUCAAGGGCACAAAAAGGCCCAGGAAUUGACUGAUUUGUAAUUGACUACUACAAAAUCCUGAAAACCCAGAUUUUAACAACCCUUUUUAAAUGCCAAUUACACCCCUUACACUAUCUAGAAAAAUUCAAAUAACAAAACCCAACAAAGAUUCAGCUCUCCCAUCCUAUAGGCCAAUCACAGACUUCAACAAUUACUUCCAUCUAUCUUACAUCUUCAACAACUGGUAUUCAAUAGAGGUAGACCAUCCAUUCAGUGAAUAAGGAUGGCAAUUGCUUCCGUUUCUUUGUAUGAUAACCACUUAGAAAAAUGCCAAGCAGUUUUAUUCAGCUUAGACGCUCAAAAAGCCUUUGACCACAUGACCUGGCCUUGUAUUUUUAGAACACUAAAAUAUCACUUUUUUUGUCAUCCCAUACUUUAAUAUCAUGAGAGCUUUGUCCACAUAACAGUCCACUAAAAUCAAUGUCAACAGCCUAGACUCAGAAGUAUUCUCUUCAACAUAGCCCUAUACCCCUUAUCAGAUAUAUUUAUUCUUCCAUGGACAUAAAAAGAAUUCAAGUGGGAUCCUGUACAGUCAAACUUAUGGGCUUAGCAGAUGUUUUAUUACUUUAUCUUUCAGAACACAUAACAUCUCUCCCUAACACCAUGACUCUUUUUGAAUGUUAUGACCCAAUAACAUGCUUUCAAAUUAAUUGGUCCUAAUCUUUGUGGUUGGGCCCAUGUACCCCAAUAUAUUUAAGAUCAACAAAUAUAUGACCUCAAAUUUAAACUACUGGGUUAUGCCAUCUCUAACUUGUUUCCAAAGUGCCCAAAUCCCCAUGUAUUUACCACUGUUUCUGAGUGUGUGGGGGUAUUUGGGCAUUCUGGAAACAGUUAGAGAUGACAUAACUCAAUUACUUGAUAAACCAUUUUAUAUUUCUCCAUAACUAGCAACAUUGGGGGUGCUAGCAGAUGCAUCAGGCCACAUUAAUAAAUUAGCAGCAAUUAUAGCAACAAUCUACCCAUGUUCUAAUGAUCUGUUUAGAAGGAUUAAGCACACAUCAUCUCAAGCUCCUUCAUUAUGACAGUAAAUUCAGAGUAUUUUAUUGGUUUAUAGAUUAUAAUUGAUUACAUCAAUAUUAUCAUUGAUAUUUGUAUAGCAUCAAUAUAGGUAAGAUGAGCAUGCAAGAAACUUCUACUUUUACUAUUUUAAUACUUUUUUUUAAAAUUUAAUGUUUAUUAUUUUUCAUUUUUUGUUCAAAAACAGUCAGGUCAACAUGUGUAUAUACAAGAGCAUGUACAGAGCACAAAUGGGUUACAUUCUCAAGGGGUAACAACAAUGAAAGCUGUGACAAAAUCCCUAUUCCCCAGAGUCAAAGUACCGAACACCAAUCACCCCCUGGCUCAUUAAGUUCAAACUAACCACAGGAAUUCAGUGCUCUCGGCCAUCUUGUUGCACGAAAGCAGGCAGCGGGACUUUGUCGUCAAGUGCCUGGAACUCUGAGGUGGCCACUCGAUGGCCCGAACACUGGUGAAAACGUACGAACGCCUGCUUCCAGUCGCGGCAAGCCAGGAGAGCGCUGUUCAACAGAUUGUUCGUCCAGAACUCCCGAACAAACCCCAGACUAUACACCAGGGAACCCCGUUCACCUUUUUAUUCGUACAUAAUUUAAUUUUGUAUGAAACUCUCGAACUAGACCGACCGCUACCCCUGAACUUAGGGAACUAUUUCCGGGUAGACAUCGCCAGAGCAGUCGGUCAAUUCUUUUCUCCAGUGGCGAUCCGACUAUGUUCGUGGGAUCUGAGCGCUUUUCUAAUAUGUUGUGCGCUCAGAUCCAAGCUAUCUGGGGAUGUGCAGACUAUGGGGGUUCGGUUAAACAAAAUAAGACUUUUGUAUUUUAAAGUGUUUUUGUGCAAUAAUAAAAGAGUAAAUAUUUAUUUUUGUACUAGAGAUAAUUGAGUUUAAGCCAGUCACUUAACUCAAUUAUCUCCCAGAUUCAGAGGAGGGAUUGUAUUGUUUGUACUGGGAGUGUCACCAUUUGUAACCUUGCUGUUGGUUAUUGGUUUGUGUCCCUGUCCCCAACAAGGUCCAUGUGGGAGUAUACCUUGCUUGGGGACUUGCAUAAAAGGCCAGCUGUGGCUUCCAUUAAACAGAAUGCUUUACCCCUUCAUCAAGUCUUGGCUCAUGUUUGGGGGAUUGGAGAACUACAUACACUCUGGGGAUUGCUAUAUCACAAUACUCCCCUGAGUAUAAUCACUAGCUCUGUUCCUGCUACGCUCUCUGGGCUAGGAGAGGUUCACCCACUGGUAACUGGAUCCUGGCCUUGGGUCCAGGGUGGGUGGAGGACGGCGAGAUCCCAACCAAGCUGCGGCGGUUUGUGGGGUUUAUGGUGGCUAUGGUGUUCCAGCGCAGUGCUUAUGGUGCUCACAUGUACUAGGAAGCAAAAAUUGAUGGAGGUACCCGGUCGGGGUGCAGGCAGACCGUCACAAUAGCAUUAAUGGAACAAUAUAACAGGUAUGGUAGAGUUAAUGCCACGUAGACAGCCAUAACACCUGAGUUUUAGAUAAUGCACUAGCUAUCUUGUACAGUAUACAUAUUCAAGGCACAUGUACAUCAAAUAUAAUAUCAUAACUGUGUGUAUAAAAGGGAAGAAUAAAGAAAAGUGGAGAGGAAGGAGAGGUGAGAAGAGACAAUUGGUAGAACAAGAAUUGGAAGACCCUAUGGAAGUUAGGUUUACUAGAAGGAGAAGAAUAGAGCUGUGUUCUCCUAGUAAUACAUGGUUGGGAUAACCAUAGGUCAGACCUUGGAGGCGGCCAAUGUAGGCAACUGUCUACUGUUUGCCGGUACAGACAUAUCAGGUAAGUAUUUAGGUUGGGCCUCAUGAGGAGGUUCCCUGCGUGAUUUGUGGGUUAUCCUGUCUACUCCCUGCGGAAUCCAAACCAUAGCGCUUCACCCAUGUCUUUCACGUGUUUAUAAAUUUUGAUGUGUCUUUGCUAGACGUUAGGGACAUGCUUUCAUAAGUGUGGUAUUGUUGUAUCUUGUCACGUAGCUGUGAUAAUACUUGUUUGUUUUUUUUAAAAUGAAAAAUGUAUUAAAAUAUGCAGUUUCCAAAGGUUAAAAAAAUUAUUUGCGCCAUGAUUUGCAUCUCCUAUUGCUGUUCAUUCAAAGCUGCCUUAGCACCCGUUAUAAUUGCCAUGUCUGCCUACUGUGUCUGUAUCAGUGGGGUCCAGUAGUACAGCUGUAGUGGUUUGGCAGGAGAUUAAAUGAAAUAGCAAAGUCCUGGUAUGGAAGUGUACUGUGAGCCUCACUGUGCAACUCAUCACAAGCGUGGCUGCUAUGAGCUAACUUGACAGAUAUUUAAAUCAUGCAGAUACCUGAAUGAUUGCUGAAUCAUCACUACAAGUGAGACACAUAGUUUAUCAUGCUAUACUGUUAGUAUAGUACAGGGGUAGGCAACCUUUAUGAAUGAAAAACAAUGACACUCAAUACAUUGAUAUAAUUGUUACGUUUAGCGCCCAGGUCCUAGUAACCAUUUGAUUAUGCAGGUGCGAGAGCUGCACUGGGAUCAGUAAGCGUUCAGGUUAUCUGGUUCAUGAUAAUACAGUUGAUGAGGUUCUGUGACUUAGUCUCUCGUGGGUAUGAUUUCUGGUUUUGGAGAUCAGUCCGGAUCUGUAUAGGUGCUGCUGUGGGUUACUAACGUGUAUGGGUAGCUGUCCUUAUGUUUAAAAUAAGGGAAUCAUGCAAGAGGGGAUGUGUUCAUUGGCAUUGAAGGUGUUGUAUGCUCUGGACGAGAAUGGGAUGUUAGAACCGUUGUCCAGGUGAGGUGGUGAGUACUGUCCACGACCGGCAGGCUCUUGAAGCUUUAACAGUGUCUGUUUGUGCCUUUAGGUGUGUUUGCACCCAGCGAGGUAUCCGAGGGAUCAUUCCUCCUCUUCUCAGCCAGGGUCUGCCACCUCUGUCACAGCACACUUACAACUCCAGCAACGACAGAGGUGGCAGACCCCGGCUAAGCAGAGGAGGAAUGAUCCCUCGGAUACCUCGCCGGGCUCAAACUCAUCUAAAGGCACAACCAGACACCGUUAAAGCUUCUAGACCCCACCAGUCGUGGACAGUACUCACCGCCUCUCCUCAGACCAUGCACCCCUAUCUCUUGCCAUACAGAUCCCUAACCUGCCACCCCAUUCCUUCCAGUGGAAAUUAAACAACUUAUUAUUAAAAAAAUACAAGAGUCACAGAAUCCAUCCACACAGCGAUCAAGCAAUACUUUGAUGAAAAUACACUACACUCUACAACACCCACAGUAGUAUGGGAGGCACAUACAUGUGUGCUUUGGUGGCACCUUAUAGCAGUGGCUUCCAAACUCAAGAAACAAUGCACGGAGCAAGCAAACUCACUCUUUACGGAAAUAAGAACAUUAGAAAACACACACAAACACAGCAACACCCUAGACACAUACAAACAACUGACAAAGGGGGGGCGGGGCCGGGCCGGCUGGAAGCCACUUGCCUUGGCUCCAGCAUCGAGAUUAUUAAAAGAUAUUACAGACCCUUUUAGGGCAGAAUACUCCGUCGCCAAUCAAUGGAGAACAUCCUCAGCUUUAAUAAGAUACCUAGAAGACGGCUGUAGCAACCCGGAUGAGCCGAAACAGAUACCCUCGGCCCACUAGCUGCCAUAAGCCUAUGUACAUGCGGCCGUUGAGAACAUACAGACCCGGAGACACCGGGGAGAGAGAUGGACACUCUAGGAGAGAAACCGGCACCCACCCUGGCCGGCGGGGGAUAUCCCGGCCACAGGUGGCAACGGAUGCCGCAGCGGAAACUCCCACGGGGGCGCCUUGCCGACCACCUAAACUGGCACUGGCAAUGGCAAAGAAGGAGACGGCCAGCCAGCUGUAAAGAGCGAUACUGAUUAACAGUGAGCUAACGGACGCUGACACAGACAAGGAGAGGAAGGAGAACUCCUAUGGGGGGACGCCCCCAAUCCUGAAAAAAAAGCACCAAGGGGGUCUGUCGUGAGCAGCCCGCACAGGCUCUGGCUGGGCCGGGCGCCGGACGGAUCCACCGUGCUGUGACCUCGACUGCUGGAGAGGUGGAUGCCCGGGCCUCUGGGUUUGAGGGGUCCCGGAGAGCCCAGUCCCCGGAGCUGCGAGCCCGGUGGGGCAGGACUGUGCUGCCCCCCCGACGGACCGGUGGUCAUGGGGGUGGACACCGGCUUCAAGUAUGCGGCCAGCACUGGGCGAGACGUAGGAACACACACCUCCAAACAUGCUUUUUCAAACACUCUCAUACUUUGAGUUUUUAAAAAUUGAGGAUAAAAAUUAGAUUUUUUCUUGAAAUUUGUAUGACGUCUCUUGAUGCCAGAAAACGUAAAUGACGUAUCGGCGCGAAUACCGGAAGUCACGUGAGAAACAUCAGAAUUACGCGGCCAUUAUGAGAAGGUCAACUUUUACAGACGCUAGUACGCCAUAUUGGGAGGGAAUGAAUACCGGAACUCCCAUAUAUGGCAUUGAGGGGUGGGUUUUGUAUAUUUUCUACAUGUGUUUGGAAUUUUUCAUUUUUGUAUCUAAUAUAUAAGCAAGUUAUUGUGACAUAACAUUAUUGCACCUGAGGAAGACCAAGAGAGUGGUCAAAACGUGUUGUGCCUGUUAUAAGGAAUUCUUUUAUUUUAAAUAAAGUAUUUUACUUUUAAAUUUAUUUUGGUUCCUGAUUGUAUCCAGACGAAAUCUGAUAUCCGUUUCUGGUGGGACCAGUCUACACACAGCACUCUUCUGAAAUAUCCUACAUGCCUUUACAGUAGAGAGCCGACUUAUAAGUUAUUUUCUAUAUUACAUAUUGUUUUUAACAUAUUGUCCUACGAUAGCUGUUUAUGUUACAGAUCAUAUUAUUAUUCAUCCAGCGUGUGCGCAAAACCACCUCUUCUUUAUCCAAGUGAGCUUUGUGCCCAAACGCGAAGCCAAAAAUAAUACCACCAAAUUACUGAACCUAAUGCACAUGGCACAACACUCGCACACCCAGAGCUUACUUUUAUCAAUUAACGCAGAAAAGGCAUUUGACAGGGUGGACUGGUUCCUACUAUUCACAACCCUCAAAGCCAUGGGUUUCGGCCCGAACUGGUCACAAUGGAUACAAUCCAUGUACUCACAGCCACGAGCGUGAAUUAGGAUAAAUGGCCAACUAUCUGAUCCCCUCCCUAUUACAAAUGGCAUGAGAUAGGGGUGCCAUCUAUCACCACUACUGUUCAUCCUGAUCAUGAAGGCAUUCCUUCAAGGUAUCAGAGACAAUCACAAUAUCCACGGUAUCACAGUGCAAGAUAGCGUACAUAAGGUGGCAGCAUUCUCUGACAACUUUUUAUUUACACUUACACAACCGCUCACAUAUAUGCCACAGAUUUUGGAGGAAAUAGCCCUAAACCAUCAUGUCUCCAACUUUAAAGUCAACCUUACGAAAAGUUAAAUACUCCCACUGGUGAUCACUGAUUUAACUAAGGAGACCCUACAAAACUCCUUUCUCUUUUUAUGGUCACCCACGUCUGUCAAAUACCUUGGAAUACAUCUACCUUCACAAUCCUCCAAACUCUAUGACCUGAACUUCCUACCUCUUUUACACACAAUUUCUCAAGACGUAACCACAUGGCACAAACCACACUUUGGCUGGCUAUGCCAAAUAAGCAUUAUAAAGAUGAACUUGCUCCCCAAAAUACUAUACCUACUACAGACCAUCCCUAUAGCAAGGCCCAAAACUUGUUUUUUGAAAAUUAAGAAAACAUUUACCUGUUUAAUUUGGUCGCACAACCAACCCGGACUUCUGUCCAAAACUCUUACAAACCAUAAGCAUCAGGGGGGCUUGGGCCUGCCAGACAUCAAAAUGUAUUACAAAGCAGUUAUGCUCACUAGAAUAUAUCAAUGAUUACUCCCCAACAACUGCAAACAUUGGGUCCUUCUGGAGAAAGCCGCAUUCCUACACCCUCUGUUAACCAUUCCAUGACAUACCUCACACCCCACGAUAGCACCAACUCUUAAGAUAUAGGCAUGACUUAGAGACUUACCGAGUGUAUCCCCAUACCCAUCCCCUCUAUAAACACUCACACAAAACUCACAUUUUCCACCAGGCCUCAAUCCCUCCUCAUUCGCAUUAUACCACUUAUGUCCCUACCUUCCACUAUGCACAUUGUUACACGACCAGGGUAUCACUCCACUCAGCGAUCUAGAGACCGACACACCACCCUCAGCACUACAACAAUACCAGAACUUACUUUCUCUCAUCCACCCCUACCAUCCUCAAACGGAACAGACAACUUACGGUAUUUGAAAACCAUUGUGCCUCCAGCAACAUAAAAACAAAACAUCUAUCACUGAUGUAUAAGCUACUACUAAAAGAAGCGUUUCCUUCCCUGCCCAAGUACAUGAGCUCUUGGGAGUCUAAGUUCAGCCUUAAAUUGACACAUGAUUGGAAACACAUAUUCAUUAACAUCCAUAAGACCUGCAUCAGCACACACACUCAAGAAGGAAACUUCAAAGGACUAUCCAGGUGGCACCUUAUACCAUCAAAGAUACACAACAUUUUUCCGAACGCAUCAGAAUCUUGUAGGGGAUGUUCCUACCCCAAAGGAACAAAGGGUCAUAUAUGGUGGACAUGCCCAACUAUUAGCGAAUACUGGUCUAAAAUAAUCAAAAUUAUUCACUUAGUAACAAAUAUCAAACUGCCUAGCUCACCGGAAACUCUACUCUUCUUCCACUACCCAAACCCUAGGAGGACUUAACUUACCUGACAUCGAACUAUAUCACAUGGCGACCCAUCUCACGAGAAUCUACGAGUGGACAUCUGUCACCACGACUAAACACUGGGUAUGUUUAGAGAACACCUUCUCAGAGAUCCCACUAGAAGUAUAUCCUUGGCUCCCUCCAAAUCAAAUGCAACCUUACCUCCAACAGGAUCCACACCCUACCAUUAAACCUACACUUCAGGUCUGGCACAAACUACUGAAAACUAUGGAAAUCUCCUCAUAUCCCUCCACACUGUAUCCUCUCACACACAACCCGCAUUUCCAGAUAGGACUCUCGGGCAACACCUACAACGCAUAUCAUAGGGGUAACACAUUACAACUGAGAGACAUGAUGGAAAACAGUAAACUAAAAACCCUAACACAAAUCUUGUCAAACACCACACCGACAGGCAACCAGAAACUCCACUACAAACAACUAUUAAAUUUUAUCAAAAACCAAAACCUCUUAACAAAGGAAACAAGAGACCUGUCCAAAUUCGAACAUCUAUGUGACACACAUCCACUACCCAAAAAACUACUUUCCACCAUGUACAAUCUUAUUAGGGAAGAACUUGACCCGAUCCCACCUAAAUGUAUAUUACAAUGGGCAGAAGAACUACAAGUUAACUUCUCGCAACGAGAAUGGAACACUAUAUUCCGUACAGCCCACAAAUCAACUACCUCUAACACAGCCCAAGAAAGUAAUUAUAAAUGGAUCACUCACUGGCACUACACACCAAUGAAGAUACACAAAAUAUAUAACACACCCUAAGAAUCAUGCUGGAGAUGUCAACACAUGAUAGCCAACCACUCACACAUCUGGUGGCAAUGCCCGACAAUAGAGAAGUUCUGGAAUAGAAUACAUAUCCUUAGCCAAACAAUCACCGGAAGUAAAAUCCCUUUCAUCCCAUGACACUACAUCUUCCUUCUUCCGCCAGAUGGCCUACGAAAAGAACAGGUGGCUCUUUUCAAUUUCUUAUCCAUAGCAGCCUCACAACUAAUUCCUAGAUACUGGAAACAAUCACAAGUACCCACUAUUAGAGAAUGGGUAGAGAGGGUGGAGGGAAUCAGGCAGAUGGAAGAGAUAACACACGCUAAAUCUAAAACCUACCAACCAUUUGCCAAAAUCUGGAACCGUUGGAUCUCCUUCCUCGACUCCUAACCAUAAAACACUAUAAUAUGCCACUUCAGGACUCAUUGAACUUAUGCUAUGGGACAAAUUUAAUCCUUAAGCGCACAACCCAACACCCAAAAACCUUCAAAUACAGGUUUAAUCAAGGCGAACAAGUUAAGUCAUAAACGUCAUAAUUGGGACAGAAAUACUACCACAAUACUGACGGACCCUCAUAUCCUCAAACAAGGCUCAUGUCCCUUAUUGAGAACACGAUAAAUAUAUAUCAUCAACACUUCCUCGCAAAGAGGGUAAUCAUUAGCUCCAACCACACCUCUCGAGAACACGUAUAUACUAUGCGAGGAGUUUGUUUUGUGUCCCUCUCCUUGUUCUUGUUUUCGAUUUCACACCUGUGUGACUCCCUAACUAACUGAAACCUACAUGACACCAUGUACCGCUUUGUAAAACUGUCUAACUUUAUGAUCCUUAACGAAGUUAUAAACCUCAUGACUGUAACCAAAACUUCAAAAGAUGUCUAACAAUUACCUUUAUUUGUAUCCUAAAAGCGAUAUUGAAAAAUUUUAUACCUUUUGUACUUUUGUUAUGAUGUUACAUAUGUCUUAAUAUACAAAAUAAAAAAUUAUAAAAUAAUUUUUAAAAAAAAGCAACUCAGUCAAGAUUUAUAUAAUUGAAUAUGUUCUAUGUGCAUGUUUAAUAGGGAUUUACUUUUAUACCUUUGUCUACUGUUAGGUGAGUAACGAUAUAAACAUAGCAACAAGUAGGCGUGGAGCACGGAAAGAUGACUGUUCUUAACUCCAGCCAUUAUCCUUAUGGAACAAUUUUAGACACAACUAUAUUAAGCUCUUGGUCAGGUUUCACUGGACACAGGCCACUGCUGACAAAACAGAUGGAUGCAAAUAAUAAAUGUUUACCCCUAGACAAGCUUGGUCUAAAUUAUACUUGUUUAAAACAUAAAUCUGUGGAAUAUGGAAGUUUUCAGCGAAUGGCAACACGUUUUAAAAAACCUUCAGUGACUAGCUAGAAGUAAGGAACAAUGUCUGUUCCUUGUCCUCUGUAUUCUGUAAUCCUUCUAUAUUAGUUAAAUAUGGAAUACCAGAUUUCAUUAAACACUACACAUAUUUAGUGUGUGUGUGUUUGUUUUUUUAUUAUAUAUAAAAGCCCUAGCAUAUAUUAAAAUAAUCUGAAGUAAGGCUUUUCAAACCUAAACGCUGUCUGACAUGCUGCAACAAGUUUUAGAAUGACACAUUCCCUUUGGAAUUUUGUGGGUUUUUAUUAUAUCAUGAACCUGAACAAAAAAAAAUAUAAUAAUGGAAGCUGCACUAUUUACCCACCCAAGUUAAACCUAGCAUGGCAUUUUACAGUAAAUCCACGCUGACCCAGUAGUUCCUAGAACAAGUAAACAGCAUGUAAUCCUUCCUUACAGUCUGCUGCUACAUAAUGUCACUGAGUACACAUUAGUAGUAAAAUUCAUAGCCCUGCAGGUCUCAUAACAAUCAUGAUUUUGGUGGGACAUUCCCGAUUACAAAGUUUUGUCCCACCAUUCUGAUUUUGUUCCCUAGUGUCCUGCUUUAGGGACACCAGGAAUUUGUACCAAAAAAAGCAUAGCACACGCACAUCUUUAGACACACUCGUGCAAGGCUCAGGUAGAACCCUGAAAGAGUGCUCUCUGCAUGGUCCAUCCUUAGUAAGCUUUAGCUUUGAAUGAGACAGUUGCCUCAGUUUGUAGGAUGAAAGAAAGCAGGUAAAUGUGAUUUUUUUUUAUUUUUUUUAUAUUUACCUGCUUCUUCUUUUUUAUGCUUUCCUAAUCCGGGGGGGGGACAUUGAUCUAACCAAUCAGUGUCCUAUCCCUAGGAAUGCUGGAAAAGUGCACCGGUCAUCCCUGAUUUACACAUGUUCAGUUGGAAGAUAUCUUCACCUUGCAACAUUCUGACAGAGGGAGAAAAGAUGGAGUCUGAUCAGUGUAAAUCAUGCAUGGCAGACACGGGUGUCAGGUUUUUCUCUCCUGCUGCUGCACAAUGAUGCCCAGUUUCUGUCAUUAGUAGACUGGUCUGAUAAUGAGAUUGGUGGGUAAGAAGAGUGGAUGUAGUAAGUUCAUAAAUUUUUAUUAUAUACUUCUCAAAGUUUUUAUUGUUUUAUUUUGGUUUGUAUAUUUGUUUAGACAUGUUUGCUUGAUGGUUUAAAACUAAAUUAUUUAAGUCAUGCAUGUCCCUUUAAUUCAAGGAGCUUAAAAAAUAUUGUAUGAACAUUUAAUAAUUACAACAAUUAUAAUAAAGCCACCCUCCAAUUUAUUCAGCAUUCAUCCUACUGCUUCAAUCAGCAGCCAUACCAUCAAUAAACACUAGUGAGCCAGUUCAUUGGCAACCAUAAAUGUCCGUGCCAUAACACUGUCUCCACCAUUAUUUAUCGAUAACAUUGAAUGUCUCAGAUCAUGAGCCGACCCUUCCCUUCUACAUACUCUUAGUUACUUAGUUACAUAGUUACAUAGCUGAAAAGAGACUUGCGUCCAUCAAGUUCAGCCUUCCUCGCAUAUGUUUUUGCUGUUGAUUCAAAAGAAGGCAAAAAACCCAGUCUCAAGCGCUUCCAAUUUUGCAACAAACUAGGAAAAAAUUCCUUCUUCACCCCAAAAUAGCAGUCAGAUGUCUCCUUGGAUCAAGCAGCUAUUAUCCCACUAAUUAGAAAUUAUAUCCCUGUAUGUUAUGUUUUUGCAAGUAUUUAUCCAAUUGCAGUUUAAACAUCUGUAUAGACUCUGACAAAACCACCUCUUCAGGCAAAGAAUUCCAUAUCCUUAUUGCUCUUACUGUAAAAAAACCUUUCCUUUGCCUUAGAUGAACUCUCCUUUCUUCCAGCCUAAAUGUGUGACCUCGUGUCCUAUGUAUAGCCCUGUUUAUGAAAAGAUUUCCAGAUAAUGGUUUGUACUGGCCCCGAAUAUAUUUGUAGAAUGUUAUCAUAUCCCCUCUCAGGCGCCAUUUUUCCAAACUAAAGAGAUUUACAUUUUUUAACCUUUCUUCAUAACUAAAAUGCUCCAUUCCUUUAAUCAAUUUUGUAGCUCGUCUCUGCACUUUUUCUAGUGACAUGAUAUCUUUCUUUAGAACAUGUGCCCAAAAUUGCACAGCAUAUUCAAGGUAUGGUCUUACCAGCGAUUUAUAAAGAGGCAAAAUUAUAUUUUCAUCUCGAGAAUUUAUACCCCUAUUUAUACAUGACAAAACAUUACUGGCCUUAGCAACGGCAGAUUGACAUUGCAUAUUGCUGCUUAAUUUGUUGUCUAUAACAAUUCCCAAAUCCUUCUCGAGUGUGGUUAUCCCUAGUUCACUACCAUUUAGGGUGUAAAUUGCUUGUGCAUUCUUAACCCGAAAGUGCAUAAUUUUGCAUUUCUCUACGUUAAAUUUAAUCUGCCAUUUUAGUGCCCAGUCCCCCAAUCUAUCCAAAUCCCUUUGCAGCAAGGCAAUAUCCUGCUCACAUUUUAUUACUUUACAAAGUUUUGUGUCAUCUGCAAACACUGAUACAUGGCUUUCAAUGCCCAUUUCAAGAUAAUUUAUAAAUAUGUUAAAUAGAAUCGGUCCCAAAACAGAACCCUGAGGGACACAACUUACCACUUUUGUCCAGUUUGAAAAUUUACCAUUAAUGACAACUUGUUGUACUCUAUCCUUAAGCCAAUGUUCUACCCAAGAACAAGAAUUUUCAUCUACACCAAUUUCUUUUAGUUUGAAGACUAACCUAUUGUGAGGAACCGUAUCAAUGCCAAUGCCUUGGCAAAAUCCAAGUAGAUCACAUCCACUGCAACACCCUGAUCUAUACUUCUACUUACUUCUUGAUAGAAUGCAAUUAGGUUAGUUUGACAUGACCUAUGUUUCAUAAAACCAUGCUGAUUAUUGCUAAUAACACAGUUCUUCCCAAUGAAUUCCUGAAUAUUAUCCCUUAAUAGCCGUUCAAAUAAUUUCCCAGUCACAGAAGUUAAGCUCACAGGUCUUUCCUUCAUUCUAUUACAGGUUCUAUGAAUAUGGGUGUUGUACACAGAAACAGUGGUAGUAAAGUAUGUGCUUAGGCUGAUGCUCCGUAAAAGGGACUCACUAUCCCCACAUUAGUAGAAACCGUUCACAUUAGUGGAAAGCAAACAGAAGUUGAUUGAAGAACAGACAUGUAAAGCAUACAAUGUUUUGGCCAAACGUCCUUAAUCAUGUAUAAAUAAUUAAGGCCAUUUGACUGAAACAUCUUAUGUGCUCUACAAUAAAUAUUUGUUUGUUUUGCCACUGCUGUGAUGUCCAUAAACUGUUUCUUCUAAUUUUGUUACUGGUUGAUCUGUCUAAAGGAUAUUUUUACAAAACAUGUCUUUUUUUUUAUUAUUGUUUUUCCAGAACACAUAGUUUCUUUUUUUAUUUAUGUUUUUGGCAAAGUCUAAUGAGGCCUUCCUAUUCUUGAAACUCACCAGACACCGGUGCUGUCUGGUAAACCUUCUUUAUAUACUUUCAUAAAAUCUUAUCUUGUUUGAAGAAUUUGAAAGCCUACGUUCUGAGUGUUCUUGACUUGAUUAGAUGUUGUAAAGGGGUUUUAUAUGGGUAGGUUUGCAUCUUUAAUUGGGCCAGCAAUGCAGUUUAUGACACUUAAGGCCUUCCCUCCCUCUUUUAGGAGAUUGAAUAUAUAUAUAUAUAUAUAUAUAUAUAAAUAUAUAUAUCACCUUGACUACUGCAAUCUCCUUCUCUUUGGUCUUACGUGAUCCCAGAUGCACCGUUGCAAUCUAUAAUGAAUGCGGCGACGAGGCUCAUUUUCCUGUUUAUCCACACCUCCCAAGCCUUCCCCCUCUGUCAGUCCCUACAUUGGCUUCCAGUUAGAUAUAGGGCUCAAUUUAAGAUUCUGAUGCUUGCUUACAAGUCCCUACAUAAUGCUGCUCCAGCCUAUCUAUCCUCCCUAAUACACAAGUAUGUCCCGUCGAGGCCCCAGCACUCUGCAGAAGACCUUCAUCUAUCCUCUGUCCGUACUCCCACAUUUGAUGCUCGCCUCCAAUACUUCUCCAGGGCUGAACCUUUUUUGUGGAACUCCCUUCCUUUCUCCGUUAGACUUCACCCAGUCUCCACUCCUUCAAAAAAUCUUUGAAAACACACUUCUUCAGGAAAACAUAUCAUUUAAACUGUUAGCAGGUUUUCAUUCCCCCGCUUCCCCCUCCCAUGACUCCUCUCCUGCAACUGUCAAAAAUAAAAAUAAGUUCUCAGUGAAUAUUUUUUUUAUAGCAACCUAUUUCAUUACCCCUACUUAUACCAUUUUGUAUCACUAUAUUCCACUCAAUCUAGCAUGUAAGCUCAUUGAGCAGUGCCCUCAACCCCUCUGUUCCUGUGCGUCCAUUUGUCUGGUUACAAUUACGUGUCUGUUAGUCCACCCAUUGUACAGCACUACUGAAUUUGCUGGGCUAUUUAAAUAAUAAUAAUAAUAAUAAUAAUAAUAAUAAUAUAAAAAGUGUUAUGAUUACCUAGCCAUUCAACUAAUUUUGAUAGAAAUACCCUCAAAUACAAGAUGACAGUCUCCACUUCAAUUGUUGAUCUCUUCAUUUCAAUACCACUGCAUUCACAUACAGAGUCAAAAUUAUGAAAAUGUAAUCACUCUCCAAAUUUUAUGGACCUCACUGUAUCUAUUUUUAUAUACACACACACACAAACACACACACACACAAAUAGACAUCUGUACUGCUAUUCCAUCAGUGUAGUAGCCAGAACUUUUACCGCCUGGGGCGGUCCCUGAGUUUGCUGCCCCUCUCAAUAUGCACCACACCGCUUCGCACAGCCUGUGGCAUGCUCCACUCCCUAUAUCAGAAACCACUCUACCCUUAGGAUGCCCCAUUCCUGUCCCCUAUCCCUGGAAUGCCCCCUUCCCCCUAUUUCAGAUGCCACAACUCUACCCUUGUCUUCUAUCCCUGGAACGCCACCCUGUCCCCUAUCUGAGAUACUCCCUUCCCCGAGGAUGCCUUGCUGUCCCCCUAUUUCAGAUACCCCCACACCUAAGAUAUCCCCUGUCCUCUGUCCUUGAAUGCCCUCUACUCCUAGGUUGCUGCCUCAUCCCUGGAAUGCCACCAAGACCCAUAUUUCAGAUACUCCCUACCCCUAGGAUGCCCUUUUGACCCUUUAUUUCAGAUACCCCCUACCCCUAGGAUGCCCUCCGUCCCCAUUCCCAUAGGAUGCCUCUUUGUCUCCCUAUUUCAGAUACUCCCUACCCCUAGGAUACCCCUCUGUCCCUGGAAUCCCUUUUACCUCCAGAGACCCCUCACUUCAGUCACACUCCGCUCCCUGCCUGGAAGAGUGGACACUGUGCAAUUUCUCUCAGAUACAUUGACAUACACUCACUGGCAGACACACAUACUCGCAUACUCACUGAUUCAACACAAUCUGACAGACACACACAAUCACUCAGACACGCACUGACACAUGCACUGAAAGACACACACACUCACUGAAAGACACACAUUCACUAACAAACACACAUUGACAGAGAUACACACACACACACACACACACACACACACUCACAGGCAAACACUGAUAGACAUACAUAGAAACAAAGAAACAUAGAAUGUGACGGCAGAUAAGAACCAUUCGGCCCAAUUUUCUAAAUACUUUCAUUAGUCCCUGGCCUUAUGCCUAUCCCACGCAUGCUUAAACUCCUUUACUGUGUUCCAUGCAUCCACUACCCUCUCAGUAAAGUAAUACUUCCUGAUAUUAUUUUUAAACCUUUGCCCCUCUAAUUUAAGACUAUGUCCUCUUGUUGUGGUAGUUUUUCUUCUUUUAAACAUAUUUUCUUUGUUUAAAUAUUAUAUUUGAAUAUAUACACACACAUUCACUGACAGACACACACAUUGACAGAUGUACACACAUUGACAGACGUACACACACAUUCACUGACAGACGUACACACACAUUCACUGACAGACACACACAUUCACUGACAGACACACACAAACUCACUCACAGACACACACACAAACUCACUCACAGAAACACACAUACUCCUUCACAGAAACAUUCACUGAUAAACCCACUGACAGACACACUCAAAGAUAUAAACACACAUUCACUGACAGACAGACAGACACAUACACACACUCACUGACACACACACACUGACAUAAAACACACUCAGACAAACACACUCAUUGACAGAUACACUCACUCAGACAAACUGACAGCUGUAACAACACAUUUACUGACAUACAAACACACACACACACACACACUGACAGACUGACACACACACAUGCAGGGCCGCCAUCAGGGGGUGACAACUAUAAUGGUUGUCACGGGCCCAGCGGCCCUGGGGGACCCAGCCGCCCAGGCCCCACGUGGAGCUGCGAAACUGCCGCAGGUACAUUUAGGGCCACCCGAUGGGCCCUAUAAUCUUCAGGGGCCCGAUCAGCGCUGCGGAUGGGUAAUUGCGCGACUGGGCCCCUUUAAAAAAAAAUUGCGGCUGCACCGCAAAUGCUGCUGGGAGGAAGUGACGGCCAGUCACUUCCUCCCAGCUUACUCCGUGCGGGAGGAGAGCUGAGGAGAGGGAGAGCAGAGGCCAGGAGAGGACACCAGAGGCAUCCACUCCCUUUAUCCCCAGCCACUCUCCUGCAACCUAAAGGUAAGAGGAGGGUGGCUGAUAAAUGAAGUGUGUGUGUGUAUAUGUAUUUAUGUCAGUAUAUAUGUCUGUGUGUGUGUGUAUGUCAGUAUGUAUGUCUGUGUGUGUAUGUCAGUAUGUAUAUAUGUCUCUGUGUGUGUCAGUAUGUAUGUGUGUAUGUAUGUCUGUGUGUAUGUCAGUAUGUAUAUAUGUCUGUUUGUGUGUAUGUCAGUAUAUAUGUCUGUGUGUGUCAGUAUGUAUGUAUGUAUGUCUGUGUGUAUGUCAGUAUGUAUAUAUGUCAGUAUGUAUGUCUGUGUGUAUGUCAGUAUGUAUAUAUGUCUGUGUGUAUGUCAGUAUGUAUGUCUGUGUGUGUCAGUGUGUGUGUGUGUAUGUCAGUAUGUAUGUCUGUGUGUAUGUCAGUAUGUAUAUAUAUCUGUGUGUGUGUAUGUCAGUAUGCAUGUAUGUCAGUAUGUAUGUAUGUCUGUGUAUGUGUCUGCAAGUAUGUAUGUGUGUCUGUGUGUGUGUAUGUCAGUAUGCAUGUAUGUCAGUGUGUGUCUGUGUGUGUAUGUCAGUAUGUAUAUAUGUCUGUGUGUGUGUCAGUAUGUAUGUAUGUCAGUAUGCAUGUAUGUCUGUGUGUGUAUGUCAGUAUGUCUGUAUGUGUCUAUAUGUGUGUGUGUAUGUCAGUAUGUAUAUAUAUAUGUCUGUAUGUAUGUAUGUAUGUCUGUGUGUGUGUGUAUGUCAAUAUGUAUGUAUGUGUGUAUGUAUAUAUCUAUCAGUAUGUAUGUUAGUAUACAUGUAUGUCUGUGUGUGUAUGUCAGUAUGUCUGUAUGUAUCUGUGUAUGUAUAUAUCUAUCUGUGUGUGUAUGUAUGUAUAUCAGUAUGUAUGUGUAGGUAUUUAUGUGUAUGUAUGUCAGUUUGUAUGUAUGUCUGUUUGUCAGUAUGUAUGUAUGUCUGUAUGUGUGUGUGUAUGUCAGUAUGUAUAUAUAUGUCUGUAUGUAUGUAUGUCUGUGUGUGUGUAUGUCAAUAUGUAUGUAUGUGUGUAUGUAUAUAUCUAUCAGUAUGCAUGUUAGUAUGCAUGUAUGUCUGUGUGUGUAUGUCAGUAUGUCUGUAUGUAUCUGUGUAUGUAUGUAUAUAGCUAUCUGUGUGUGUGUAUGUAUGUAUAUCAGUAUGUAUGUGUAUGUAUGUCAGUUUGUAUGUAUGUCUGUUUGUCAGUAUGUAUGUCUGUAUGUGUGUGUGUGUGUGUGAAUGUCAGUAUGUGUGUGUAUCUGUAUCUGUGUAUGUGUCUAUAUGUGUGUAUGUCUGUUUAAGUAUUUGUGUCUGUUAGUAUGUGGGUAUCUUUCUGUGUGUGUGUCUGUGUAUUCCUGUGGGCGGGAUUUGGAGGCGGGCACCCGGGGGCCCAGACCUUGAGCUGUGUUAGGGGCUCCACAAUUUCUGAUGGCGGCCCUGCACACAUGCACUGACAUACACACACACACAUUUCCCCAUAACAUUUACAAAUAAUUAUUUACUUUUAUUUUAAUUUAAAUCCACCCAGCCUCCCUACCUUUGGGAGAGUUGGGUGGAUUUUUACCUGGGGUCCAGUGGGGCUUCUGGGCUGGCCGCUCGGCGUGCCAGAUGGAGGUCAGGCAGGUGUGUAGGAUGGAGGGCAGGCAGACAAAGUGCAAGUGAGUGCGCAAAAUAGACGGCCAGGGAGCUGUGUUCUUCCUGCUCAGCUCCCUCGUGCACAGCUUAGUGAUGCCGGGCACCGGAGUGAGAUCACAUUCCGGCUCCCGGUAUCACUGGGGGUCGCGUGAGGGAGCUGAGCAGGAAGAGCUCAGAUCAGCUUUCCUUCACCGGCCACCUGUAAAAGAAACUGUCCGGGCGACCUGGGGGGGCUCAAGGGUGACCAGCCGUCCAACUCUUUGACCCCCCAUAAGUCAAGGCUAACAAGGUAUUUGCAGGGUCGGAGCUUCCUAUAGGCCAACUAGGCAGCCGAAUAGGGCGCUGCUUCAGAGGGGGCACAGGGCCUGACUUUAUGAUCAAGUUUGCGCCGGCUCACAUGGGGGGCAGCAUUUUUUGCCGCCCCCUGGAAAGUGCUGCCCAAGGCAAAUUCCUUGUUUGCCUUGCACUAAAUACAGCACUGCUCACAGCACAGGGAAGGCCAAGGCAAGUUCUCCGAGCUUGUCACUUCCGAGGAUCUUUGUAUGCUGGCUGCCCACAGGCCUGUCUGUGAGGGGCGCAAUGCCCAAGCGACUAGCAGGAGGGGAACACACAGUGCUCUUGUCCUGCUGGUCAAUUCACAUAGCGUGGCUGAGCUGUUGCCACCUCCAAGGAAGUGCUGCCAGGGGUGCUGCACCUCCCCCCCCUCAGGUACACCACUGUACUUUAUUAUUAAGUGGUAAUCAAAUAGAACAUUCAAAAGGGACCUUAAGUAACCAGACAGGUUCAAAAUAGAGUGCCGUUGUACAAAAAAAUUUACAGCUAACAAUCAUCUCAAUUUCAUUCUAUUGAGAAAGAGCAAUUGAUAAUUUACUGACUUUUUACAUUUAUUUUAUUUAUUUAUUUAUUUUUCUCCAAAUGUCUGUGGGAUAAAAUGCCAGCCAAACUUCAAGCAACCAAGAGCAAUAAAUAGGUCGACUGCUUGAAAUAAAAUGCCUAUAAGAGUGCAUUUAUCUGCCUUUUUAAAAGACAAACCCUGUUAGUCAUUAAAAAAAAAAAACUAUUAAAAGAAAAAAGCCGAAUGUGACCCCCAUAUUAGUAUAAGGGAGGUUUCAACCUUCCUUAUGUCUCCAUGUUCCAUGCUGUGGGUAUGGCAAGGUUUGAGAAAGUGUUGGCAGACACAAAAUAUGUUGAGAGUGUUAAUGUCGUUUGUACACAUAUAACUUUUUAACCAUUUGAUAUAAAGAUGUUUGAUAGUUUGAAUGAGCAGUGGCGAUGCUGUGUGGUCGCCUACCUUUUUGCUUUAUUUUACUUCUAUAUUAAUGGAGGCCAAUAUGUUUAACACACUGCUUAUCACUAGAGGACCUAUCUAUGCCUCUUAUGGAAAAGGAGUGGUAGGGUUGAGGAAAGUGUGCCUAGCCACCUUUUUAACUGCUAGAUGUUUCAGACAGAUUGCAGAGCAGUUCUGAUGAUUGAAUUGUUCCCCCAAGGAAAUGGUUCUGCCUAAAAUCUUCUCUUAGUUCUCUUACAUAUUUGUGUGUGACUGAUCUGUAUGUAUACAGUGUAAUUAGAAUUAAGCUGACUUGUGAGAACAUUUUGUGUGUAUGUUUUUUUUUACCAGGAACCAGGAAAGAUGCAUUGAGAUUUCUCUCAUUUUCAAGUACCCAGGACAAACUUGAAAAAAAGAUAAAUCUCAAUGUAUCCUUCCUGUUAAAAUAUUAUAUAUAUAUUGGAAAGCUUGGCCUGAAGUUGUGGGAGGGGCCUAUGGACCUUUAAAAGGGACUCCCCGCUUCCUUACCCUACCGUGAUGCUAAGGGUCAUCACGGUAUCCAGCCACUUCACCUAGGCUCUGGUUGCCGCAGCUAACUCUCGGAUGUUUGCCUGUUAGGCCACUGACCUGGAAGCCAAGACUAAAUGUCGUCUCGUGCAAGAGCCUUUGAGUGACAUCAGUGCAAUCCGUCUUGUGUUCCCGCAACUGUAAGCUAACCUCCUUGCAAGCCAUAGCUCCUGGCCUACGCCGGCAUGGGUACCUCCCGUUCCGCUGCUUCAACGGAGGUCGGGUUUUCAGAGGCAUGAUCGCACGAAGGCGGUCUAGUUACAUUUAAAAAGUUAAUAUAUAAAAUGUUUGGCUCAGAGAAUAUUUCUAUUUCCACAUUGUCUGGGAGAGCUGUAGGCCUCAGGCUCGGAAGCGUCCUUCUACCUGGCAUGGCCAGUCUGCCCUAAGUCCUGAAACACCUAAAUUUUUCGUAGUAUAUAUUAUACAACACUGUAUACCAUUUGCUUAUCGCUGUGUUAAGCGGCGCGGGCACCGAGACUUUAUGGCUGUAUAGAGAUGCUUGUGAUUCACAUGAGGCAACGGGGUUCGGUCAUUGAUUAUGAUACACCAAGGGGCCGUGGUUUCCCAUGGUCUCGUGUCAUCAGGGCACAUACGUCUUUUUAUGACUACCAUCAGUCAUUUUCAGCAAAGGCAUCGGCAGCCCUGGCCCAGUACAAUGUCAAGAUGGAUUGGAGCCAACUGGGCACGGAGCUUUUCAUCAGACACUUUGCUGGGCUAAGGAGCUUGUGCAAUUUGUGCAUCAACCGCGCAUCCAGCCAAUUUCUGUCCUGUUUCACCUGGCAUCACCCCUACCACGGCCAUCCCAGGCACUACGAGGCUCGAGAAGCAGGGCAAGGAUAAAGUGGGCAGCCAGAUAGUAUUCCUUGGCAAGUCACAGAUAUGCAAUAAUUUUACUGAAGGUUCAUGUGGUUAUAGUGCCUGUCGUCUGUUACACAUUUGCUCUCAUUGUUUCAGGGCACAUGCGAAAGCCAUGUGCCCAAAUAGAAUGCAUCAUAAACUUUAUUUGACCUCGGUUAAUGUUGGUGUCCUAGCUAAUCUAUUAAUCACUCAUCCUUCUAAACAUCUUGUUGAGUUUAUGAUAACAGGUUUUACCCAGGGUUUCCACACGGGCCUUAUUCACAUGCCAGCAGGAAUUUUAGAGUGUAACAACCUGCAAUCAGCCAUGACUGACACCGAGUCAGUAGAGGUGUUAUUACAGCUAGAAUGGGAGCAAGGGUUUUUAUUAGAGCCUUUCAGAUAGCCUCCUUUUUCUAACUGGAGGACUAAUCCUAUUGGCCUGGUCACUGGGAAAAACUCGGCUAAGCAGAUAUUGAUCAUAGAUCUCUUGGCACCACACUCCUCAGUAGUCCCUAGCCUUAACUCUCUGAUCCCCUUUUAAGAGUUCUCACUGCAGUACACUAUGAUUGACAAUGCUGUAGAAGCUAUCAUGACAGCAGGCAUGGGGGCCUGGCUUAGCAAGACAGACAUCGUCAAUGCCUUUAAAUUAUUACCCAUACAUCCAUUGUUAUGGCACCUGCAUGGCAUUAAAUGGAACGGUCUCUAUUAUUUUUUCACUAGGCUCACCUUUGGUUCGAAGAGUAGUCCAAAAAUGUUGAUACUUUCCCGGAAACCUUGUGUUGGCUCCUCCUGAAUACGUGCCAGUGCCAUAACGUUAUCCACUAUCUGGACGAUUUUUUAUUCAUCAAGAGUAAUUCUCCCCCACUUGCAGUUUAGACAAAGCGGUCAAAUUAUUCCACAUAUUAUGGGUACCAGUCUCACCUAAGAAGACGGAGGCUGAUCCCUGAUGACUUUCACCACUUUUUGCCACCUCAAGUUAAAGUUAUCCCACAAUACCAUAAAAUUAUAGCUAACAGGCAUCCAACACCAUAUGUACUCCACCUUUCCGAACAACUAUAGUUUUAUCUCAUCAUACCCUAUCAGGACCAUAACAUACUUAAGGGCAUAACAAAGGCCAAUGUUCUACCCCACAACAAAGGCUACGCAUUAACAAACAGUUGUCCAAAAUAUGUCUGAUUUACUAGAUUCAGCCCCUUUCGAGCCCAUCACUAACUCCGUCAUUAAAACUGCUAUAUACCUGGCCUUUUACAGCUUCCUGCAACCACGGGAAUUCACCAUCAGUGGUCAACACCACGCACAAGGUUGCCUUCGAAACUCCUACCUAAUUAAACAUGAAGAUCAUUACAUACUGACUCUACCCAUGACCAAAACGAGUCAACUGGGUCAACCCGUCCACAUUCCAUACUAUCCCACUAACAAUAUAUGGUGCCCGGUGUAGGUUUUCGAUUCCUACCACCUCACAAUAUCGAAUCUUGCAUCUCUUCCACUCCUGUCACUUCACAGAGCUAUACGUACGCUUAUUGUUAACAAGGCUCGGUACGAACCCAAGCAAUUAUUCAGGACACUCGUUUAGGAUAGGGGACGCAUCUAUGGCAUCGAGCCAGGACAUUCCAGUCCAUGUCAUUAAAACUCUAGGUCGGUGGAAGUCAUCAGCAUAUACAGUAUACAUACUCCAACCGGUACAGGAAAUAUGAAAGGUCUUUUUAAAAACUUAAUCUUAAUGUACAUACGUUGUAUUUUGCUCUUUCCCUUAAUAAAUGUAUUUUAAGCAUGAUAUGUAUUCCUUUUUGCCCACUUUAUUUACUGGCCUGUAGCAUACGUUGGUUUCGGCACACCUCAACCGACUUUUCCCCAUCACAGGUUUGCUAACAACAAUCUUACUUCAUAUCAUAAUCAAGGUUGCCCAGAACACAAACAUAUAUAUAUAUAAUUUCCCACAGAUUUCUGUGGGAAAAGCAAGUCUUAUGGCUUGACUGGUGUGCAGAUUUUUGUAUAAACAUAUAUAUAACAUACAUAUAAUAUGUGAAUUUUAUAAACAAAGUAAGUCAUUACUAAAAUUAACAUGCCAUUCCUGACUGAAACCACUAGAGGUCAUAGUAGCAUGGUGAACCCACUGCAAUAGCAUAUAUUUCCUUUGUUGAUACAAGACAUCGCUAUCCAUGCGUUAAAUCUAGUAAUUUUGCAUUCCAGGAGUAUUUAUAAAUGAACAAGGAUCUAAACCCCAAUCUGUGCAAUUUAAAGUUCAAAAACUUGGUUUUAUAUUUAUAUAGUGUGCAUUCUACAAAAAAAAAAAAAAUCAAAAAAAUCUUCUCAAUUGCCCCUCUGUAGUAUUAUGCCCAUUUCCAAAAAAGCUGAAGAUUUAAAAGGGGGGUUUUGGCAGUUCUAUUACAAUAUGCCCUCACUUUUUCAUGGGUUACAUAGGGCUUCAGCAAUGGAACUAUUCACAGUACCAUAACCAUUACAGCUUUUUGCCAUUAUGUUGCUAGCUAUGGCUGGAAUCUCCAGUUUUGGUCAAACAGUUUUCAAGUCCUAAACCCACUCCCAGGAGUCAUCAUUAGAAGGAAUGUAAUAUCUUCUUAGAAGCUGUGAGCACUGUGGUAUAAGAGACUUCCUGUGUCAUUUUGGAAGCAACAAAAUGGACAAAGAUACUUACCUUUGAAGUCACUGCAUUUGCUUCACAUCCCAAAUAUUUGCCACUGCUACAUUGAUCUUUUCCAGACCAAGCAGAAAGUAGGAAACUUUCAACCAAGCAGUCCAGCAAGAAUUUAUAGCAUAUUUUAUUUCAUACUUGUCUUGCCAUGGUGUUCAAAAUGUCCCUUUAAACAGGGACAAGUUUGCUGGAGGAGUUGUUGACUCUAGUGACUUCUAUAAAUAAAUAUGUGGUUACUCCACUACAAGAUUCAGGCUACUUAAAUAAACUAACUAAUGUUAUUGUUAAUGAUUGCAGCGGGUUGAAAGGUUCAUUCUUUUAUCUCUGCGAUCAUGUAAUAAGAUUAAUGCUUGACUGGGAACUUACAGUUAGAGUCUGUGGCCCAAGAUCCAAUAUUUAAAUUUUUGUACUUCAAAGCAUUUCAAAUAUGAGUGUUACAUUUCUGUAACUAUUUCAGAAAAGUGCAGCGUCUUACGCGAGUAGCUAACAGGAUACACAUUCAAAAUGAAUGGGAUAUAAACCUUAAAAUAAUGUACAGGACUUUUACUGCUGUGAGUAACAUAUCUCCAAUAAAGAGUGCUGCAUCUUGACAUUGAUAGCUUGUCUACUGGAGUAUGCCUUGACAUAACGCACUUGUAAAGCUGGUUUGGGAACAAACACUGUGUAUUUUACCUUAUGAACAAACAACGUAUCUCCAUAAAGUGAUUUUGGUUUAAUUGGAAUAACAAUACAAAUGUGUGCAGAAUUAUCUCCAAAUACUUCCCCAAAUAAAUUUUUUUUAGUAUUAUUUGUAUAUUGCUAUAAUAGAGAAAGUAAAGUGAUAGCCAGUUCUUUCAUCCAUAAUGCAUUGGCCUAUUUCCCAGAGCAAUGGUUUUAAAUCGAAAAUAAAAAUACGGUUUUACUAUUAAAUUAUUCCAUCAUUAGUAUUCCAAUGCAGUGAUCACAAUUCACCAGCGUCACUCAGAGCACUCUGACUUGGCUCUUAAUGUCAACCUACAGGGUAACCCUUAACCUUAUAAUUCCAAGUAAAUAUUAAUAUUUAUUGCUGAGUAAAUGGAACUUGUAUUAAAUAGUUUGUUGUUGAGGAGUUGUGGAGAUUAUUAUUAUCAUUAUUUUUAUUAUUUACAAAGCACCAACAAGUUUUGUACCACUGUGCAAUAGGUCCAGAGGGUACUGAUAGGGAGAGUGCCAAAAAUGGAUUGACAGAAAGGUUGCCAGUAAUAUAGAAGGUAACCAAAAGGAACUGACGUGGAAGGAGAUAAAAGGAUACCAAAACUUUGUUGGUGGAACACGGGAAGGAACAGCAUGAAUGUUGGAAGAAAAGGACUAACAUAGAGGGCGGGAUAAUGGGGAUAAUAAUGAUAAUACAAAUGGACUAAUAUAAUGGGUGAGAAGAAAACCCCCCAGGAAGUUUUAUAAGAGGGUACAGGGGAUAAUUGAUUACAUCAACAGGUGAGUGUGCAGGAGAGCAGUAAAAUUGGAAUGUUGAAGAGUGAAGUUGAUUGAUGGUGGAUUCACUAAUUAUUAGAUGCGGCAGACAGCUUUAUGGAAUGAAAAUUACCAAGAGAGGACACAGGUUUGCCUGAAGAGAUGAAUUGUAAGGGACUUCUUAAAUGAUAGAAAAUUAGGGAAAGGUCUGAUGGGAGAGGGUGGUUGUUCCAUAUAAAUGGAAGAAAACGGAGAAAUUCAAUGGGUGAGAAUUAUCAAUACGGGUGCAAACAAUAGGCAAGAGAAGAUCCUGGCAGAGAGGAGUGAAGGAGAAUGGUUUUACAUUUGAAUUGAGGGAGAAAUAUAAUGGAGUUAAGUUUUUAAGAGCAGGAAGUAAAUGUAAUGGUAUGCCAAGUCAGAGAAGAGUGAUGAAAAAAAAUAAGGCUGGCAGUUGAAUUCCUUAUGUACUUUUUGUGUAAGAGGCACAUAGUCUACACAGCUUCACUUGAUCGGUAUCUAAAUUAAUUGUCAGCAUGCGCUUCUGAGUACCUUUCCAUAAUGUGCUUUUUUUCCUGUACUUGAGUUCUUUCAAUAUAAAGCAAUUUGCUCAAGAGCAUUAUUACUCGGUGCAUUGCUUUGGAAUCAAUGCCAUAUUUAUAAACCUCCAGGCUGUUCCAUUGGUCUAGCAAUUUCUUUUCUUGCAGGCCAAAGCUAACAAACAGUUAAUGGAAUAGAGCUAAGGGCUCAGGAAUAUGCUGGUUAAAAGCCAGGUGAGCAAAGAUCACAAAGGAGCACCUGCCUACAGGUUUGUAAGAGCCUGAGGGCAUGGAUAGACCUGAGACUCUGCAACCUCAUUGUCUGACACCGUGCCAGCGUCUAUUAGUUCUUGUCUUGGAAAAAUUUUUUAUUUUAGGUCAUUUAGGAAGCAAAAACACCACUUGAUACCCUCAGUGAUGCCAGGUCUGUCACUUUCUUUGUGUUUUUAAAAUAAACAAGGAGGUCGCAUUUCUAGAAGUAAUAUGGGGGGGCCUUUUUAUGACAAUAAGCUGUGCUUUCAGGCAAUGCUAAGUAAAGGCAGUUUACUUAUGUGUCUUAUGUUUGCAUACUUUCUUUACACACACCCUACAUUUAUUGCAUAAAAAAGCAACCUUGUAAAUCUCUCUCCCCUCCUUUGGGCUAUGCCUUUAUUCCUGCAGUUGUGUCAGAAGACUCUGAACAGGGGCAGCUAUAAUUAUGUUAAAUACAUGUAUGUGUGCACGUGUCUAUGUAUUCUCUUUUGAGAUCUGUUGGUUUAAACAAGACAUUUUUAUUUUUUAUGUUUACCAUCUAUUGUUGAUAUUAAAAAUAUGUAAACUUUCACAAUACAUGUGUUUAAUAAGUAACUUACUGAUAAGUGCCUUACUGUACAUCAAAGAGCUGAUUUAAUCAUAACCUUGUGUGCUCACCCGGCCAGGCAGGGAGAGUUAUGGACAGACUAUGUUAAAUAGAUUGGCAUACACAUAGAUUGUAUGGUAAAUUGAAUGCUUCAAGUGAAAAAAGUGUCAUGGAAAAAGGGAAGCCACUUACUUUCAUUCUAAUUAAUCCAAAAAUCUCUACUUCAGCAUGGCGCAAUGUCUAUAUAUUAUUCUUUUUUAUUUAUUUUUCCUUCAAACUUUUCAAUUAAAGUUUAGGUAAAAUACAUCAUACAGUGAGGAUAUAUGUAUAUUUUAGUGUACUGUUAUAAAUGAACUCCAGAAAAUGUUUUGUAUUUUAUUUUAAAUUAACAAUAACUAUAAUAUAACAUAUAAAAAAGUGUGUGUGUGUGUGUGCACUUUGUAUAUAUAUAUAUAUACAUAUAUAUAUAUAUAUAGUAAUGAUAUGCCAUUAAAGUUUAAUACAGAAAUAGCCUGACAUACAACUAUCAAUUCAAGUGCCAGUUUGUAAAGUCAAGUUUUUAUUUGUUGUUUUAUUUUUGUAGGGGGUCAAGGAGAAAAUUUACUAUAUACAAAUUAUAAUUCUAAUAAUUUUUGUACGAAUGAUGUGAGAUAUCCAAAUAAAAUAUAUGGAAGAUGAAAUAGGUUUCAGAAGUUAACAGAUCCUUAAUUCCAUUAAUUGGUUAAUGAUCCAUUUCCUAGUGGCACACACAAGGAGUACAUCCAACAAAGCUGCCUCCAAGGUUAAUUGUAUUUUACUGUUGAAUAAAUCAUGUUAAUAAUCACAAUCUCUUCUCAUUGCAUUCAGGGCAUUUAUCUGUUUGUUGAAAGCCCUGUUUCAGAAUAGAAUAGCUUUAUUGAAACAUAGUAAGUAAUGUACGUGUUUUUUUUUUAGGUGAAACAACACUCUGGUAAUAGUUAUUGGUAGAUAUCAUUAAUUUGUCCCAAGUAAAGUCAGGGAGGAGAGUAUACCAUCAGUUAGGUUGAGGAUGUAUGAUGUUAUAGAUAGGACUUUUAGAAUGGAUCAUCCAUAAAACUAGUCAUUUUUAUUGUCUGAGAGAAAUUCCUCCCACACCCACAUACAUUGUAAUGAAUACUGAUCAUGGGGUCAAAACCAAUGUUAAAAAGUGGUAGUAGAGAGAGGGUUUUUUUCAACUUUAAAACAUUAACUCAUUUUAGACUAUAAAAGCAGAGUUGUGUAAUUUUUUUCAAAUUGCUAUUUUGGGCUGAAUUUUUGCAGCUUGGCACACAAAUAUCAAUUCCCUGUACAGAGAAUACAUACUCUAAAUCUAAGAAACGCUAAACAUUUUAUAGAUUCAAUUUGAUGGAAAACAAACCAAAAUACAUGCACCGUCAUUUAGACAUUCAUUCAUUUGUCUUCUAAGCAACUAACAAUCAAUGUCUAUAAACGAACAUUCUCCUUUCCUCCUUCUUAUCAGUAAAGUGUUUGAAACCUUUCAAACAUUGAACACAAUCAUUUCAUAUUGAAGGGGUCUGCCAAAAAUAAUGCAUACCUUUCUUUAAGGACAGAUGGGCAAACAUUGAAUAGCUUGGACAUAAAUAAAUGUAUAUGCAGCGCACUUGUACACAAAGCUGCAAAACCUCCAUUGUACCUAAUGUUUUAGUGGACUGGUGCCAAGUCACACAUACCACCUUUUUUCAGUGAGCUAUAGUUGUGUUGCCAGAUGCUAAGAAAACACUGUAAUUCUCAAAUAAAACUAUUCUCUUAUAGUGGGGGAAAGGCAUGCAUUGCGAUUCAGGAUUCUAAUCACACAUAUAUCUAAUCUUGAAAAGAGGAUUAUAUUAAAGAAUGAUUAGGUUUCAAAUGUCUAAUAGAAAGGCAAACAUUAUUUUUCUUUUUAGUACAAUGGUUAAUUUGUGCAAACUAUAUUCAUACACAGUAUUGUGUGUCCGUGUGGAUGAGGUAAGUGAAGAAUAUGAUAUUAGUUUUACUAAUAAAGAAAAACCACAUCAGAUAAUUAAAGUGCAUCAGCUGUAAACCGGGUAAAAUUGUCAUCUGUUGGUCAUAAUUUGUUUAUGGAGACAGUGUCUGCCCAUUGUUUCUCCAGAGUGAGUUUCCUUUACAUAGAGAUUAAAAUGUUCACAAAGAGAUUUACUUCUUUGUGUAUGAGCAACUGUUAAACGUGUCAUGGGUUUAGUUGUAGAGGUUCUCUGAUUUCAUUGUGUUAUAUAUCAUUUCCUCAAUACAUGCUUUUUAGUGAAGUGACUUCUUUUUGGUGUUUUUUGGAACCAUCCAUGUAUCUGUGUGCAUGUUUGUUGGUUAUGUUUGCUGGAAUCAUUUAAGAAGGACUCAAAAUGAGCUCAAGACAAAUUAAACCAAGCAGGGCUUAUUAUAUACAGAGUAACAGGAAACACAGGAGUAAGAGAGUGUUGGUUAGAACAAAGAUAUGUUAUUCAACCACAGAGUAUGUAGACAGCUGGAAUAAAAUGUCAUUCUAUUCAACUAAUUGCACUUUAUACAGCUCUACCUACUGUUGGAGUAUGUUGGUAACUCGUUAUAUAUUAUGUUUAAAGUUGAUGCUCAGAACCCCUUUUCAGCAUCAUGUCCAUUGUCAUGUUAUACUCAGUUACUUUUUCAGAUCCUAAUGUCCAUCUCUUGGCAAUUGUUUUGUAAGUGCAUCUUCAGUCAUCUUCUAUAACAGUCAAUAUCCUAGUACUGACUAUUAGUAACAUAUUGCUCUUGAAGGUCUCUCUGAAGGUCAUACUUUGCAUCAGUAUGCUUAACCCAGGGAUCCUCUCGGUAUGUUCUUACUUUAUAAAACCUUAGAUGUUUUCAUUAAUCGGUAUUGGCGUCAUACACCACCAUGUCAAGAAGUAGCUGACUCUGAUUGCUUCAAGUUGAGCUUGUGCUCUGUUGUGUGUUUUACCUCAGCUACAAAAAGCAUACGUUAACCAGAUGACUGAAAAAAGAUGACCAUUUGCAAACUGGUGUGACUCUGGUCCAAUCAGCAUUUACAUCUCUAAUUAUAAUUCAGGUGACUGACAGUUGUAGUUUAAUGUGAAUUUUUUUAAAAUUAGCACUCCCCUAGUCACACCUCCCAUUGCUGAGAUGCACAUAAUCCCUAAUUGCACUGCAUGUUUAAUUUAGACUUUCUUAUCUCAUGCUCUGUUAAAAGCCUGCUGACAUCUGCAACAAUGUCCUGUGUGUGAUAAAAGUUCAAUUAACAGAGCAGUAAAUAAGAAUUUCUAAAGUAAACACACUGUGCUAUAAGAUCUGAUUGAAAAGUAUUAUUAUUUUUUUUUUUACCGGGCUGCGUGUGCCACAGCCAGGGAAAGUGUGGCCAGGUCUACGUAAACAGAAACAAAAGUGAUUUAAUUUCUGAAUAGCAGUCAAUUAAGGUGCAUUGUCUAUACACCGAAAUUGCUUCAUUCAGCUAAAGUUGUUUAAUUCCUAACGAGACACUUCGGUUUUUCCACUGUAAUCCCAGACACUUAUUUAUCGUGCUGCUUUCUAGCAAGGUCUGUAAUCUGUAGCGGCAAUAUUGCACCUUGUAAGAGUUUCCUCUACCAUUUUCUCUCUACAUUUGAAUGGCAUGAUAAUGAGCGAUGUCUGAAAGCUGUUUAAUCUAAACCAUGUGACUCAAUUUACUAUUUGAUCAUAGUCUUAUUCUUGUUCAAAUCAGAUGAUUGCAUCAUCAACAUAAAUCUGAUUGUAUCUCCAUUGUGAGACUUGGAAUAUACUAUAGGCAUGGCCUGGUUUAUUCAACAAAAAUAUUAUUUUGUAUGCACCUCGUUCAUCUCUUAACCCCAUGCUCUUGAGUCCUGUUUGAGAUCGUAUAUAUGCUCUUUUGGAGUUUGCUCACAUGAAUCCUCAAACUCUGGUUACUUUUACAGCUUAUCCUUGGUGUCUCCAUCUAGGUGCUUCACCUGCAUUGUCUUAUAAUGGCAUAUGAAGAAACUAACCUUUCCUCCUUUUUUUCAAUGUUUCCAUGUGUAUAUUUUACUAUGAAAGUAAAAGAUGAUACAGGCACCCAGGUACCACAUUUUGCAAAGCUGGCAAGAGUCAUUGAGUUACAGGUCUGCUUUAAAUUUUAAAGUGCUAUAAAAUUAUAUCUAGUAGAAAAUAAUGUUAUUUAAUAUGUUUUAUAAAUCAGCGUACUGGACCUACUAUGCUGUUUGUAGACAUUAAACGGCACUGUCACCAUCUGGGCACUUUGCAAAAUUCACAAAGACUGGUGGUCAGGUGGCUGAGGGGGCAGGGGAAGGGGAAAUUUACUUACAUUCACCUGUCUACGAGCGACCAUCACUACAUACGCAUGAGUACAACAUCAAGACCACAGAAUCAUCCAUAGACAGAGUCAGUUCACUGCAGCCGUCUCUGGUGAGGGCUGUGGGGAUUGACACAUUAGAUGGUGACAACUCCACCCCAUGUCUAGAAGUGUCAGGCGUAGGAAAUAUACAGACAAAGUAGUCCCUACUAUGUCUCUGCAUAUCUCUUGAUUGGUUUUCAAUUUCAGUGAAAUUUCAACACAGUCAAAAUGAGUAUUUCAGAAAGAUUCUAUCUUUAUGAAAUACUAAUAUUCUAGGAGAGGGUAACCGAGCCGCUUUAAAAUAUGAGGAGAAGAACGUCAAUUAUGUAAAAAACACAAGAAUGUUUUACUUGUUUCAAAUGCUUUCUUGAAAACCGUUUAUUAGAAAUUCUUUCAUUGCAGAAAUGAUACUUUCAGCAACAGCUCAUUAGACACUUUGGCACUGACUGUGUAUCCUAAAAUUGUAUUCCUGCAGGAGAGAAGGAGAAGGGCUCCGUAUGUAUUGGGAUAAAUUGCGUGAGCCAUCAUUUGUGUCUCGUUGGAAUCCUUUGUCCGGGGAUUUACCAUACACUACAUUCAUUGAACACCCACUGAAAAACUGCACUGAACAAUUCACCACCAUUUGCCAGGUAAAACUGCAAUGUAAUAUGUACAGACAGUUGUUGUAUUGAUCCAGAUCCACUAUUUUUCUUUCCCUUUCCAUUCUUAGCCUUUUCUUUCCAUAGUUCCAUAUUGUUUUCUCUCUCACAUCCCAGUUUUUUCAUCUUCUUCCUGCAGUCUUUUCUGUCUCUUUCUACUUAGCGUGACUAUACAAGCCUACAUUUUUUAGCCUCCUUUCCCAACUCAGUAUCUAGGUCCUUGUGUUGUUCUGUGCUAUUUGAUAUUCCAUUAUAUUCAUGUUGCAGAUUAUAGAGUUACACUAUGGAGAUCUGUCCAAAUAUCUCAGAUUUUGCAGAUGGACAUAGUGAGUAGAAUAUUUAAAACAGUUGCACCUGUUGGUGUUCUUAAGGUUGUGUUUCCAAACUGCCAUGUCCCAAAUAAAUCUCAAUAUUCUGCUCAAAGAUAUAAAAGCAGAUUCAAGUUUAUCAAAAGUAGAACAGAAAAAAAUGGGUUCGUAGCCAACACUUGCAUGGUCAUGUAGUUUUGGAGACAUCCUUAAUUGGGUAAAGCAAUCGGUUGACCUGCAUCUUUCAUUUUUUAUGUUGUUUUUUUCCAAUUGACAAUUGACAUAGGUGGGUGUUUUAAAAAUCAUAUUUAAAUCUAAAUGCAGAUUCAGUUUCAAAUUCAAGGCUUCACUAGACCCCCAUAUGGAGGAUAUAUAAACUAUCUAGUAGGAGGCUAUGCCGUGUUAAUCUAGAGUAGUGGGUUAAGACAACCAUUUGACAAGAACAGUAAAUCUCUGUAGGAAGGUGUAAUUGAGGUCUAUAGCUGCUUCUCAUGACAUCAAAGCACAGAAUGGUAUUUGGAGUCCUAUGACAGGUGCUGUAUGGCAUUCCAGUCUGUGGGCUCAACAUCACAGCCCUGUACUGCACUCCCUCUGCACUCUGUGGGAGGGACAUAUUUUUACCUGAAACUGGAGUGCUAAAGCUUUCGUUAAAUUAAACAAAUUCCAUAAAUAGAAUUCUGUUCAUCAGUUCAGAAUUUAUUUUGAGUCUUUACUAUGACAACACGGUUCAUUAGUGCUUAUGUGUCUACAUCAAAUGCACACACAUGUAUGUAAUAAAACAGGAAGGAACUUCAUAAUAAAACUAAAGAUAAUUGGAAAGGAAAGUGUCUGAAAGUGAAAUGGAAAACAGAUUUAUAUAAACAUCCAUGGAUUUAUCUACACAUAUACUGACACCCUACCUAUGUACACCACUACAUUCACACACAUAUACACUGACAUACUGGAUGCAGUCAUGGGAAAAAGAAAGUACAUCCUCUUUGAAGUCUAUAGUUUUAUCUAUCAGGACAUAAUAGCAAUUAUCUGUUCCCUAGCGGGUCUUACAAUUAGGUAAAUACAACCUCAGAUGAACACCACAAAACAUAUUAUACUAUGUCAUGAUUUAUUGAACAAAAAUAAAUCCAAGAUGGAUAAGUUAUGUGUGAAAAGCAAAUAAAUUAAAGGUGUUCUAUAGUGUAAGGAAUGCAAAGCUGUAGGUGACCAAAAUUUGGCUAGCCACCAGGAAGUGCCUCUAGUGGCUAACUGAUUGACAGCCACUAGUGGCAGUCUUAGUCUUGGAAUAUAAACAUUGCCAUAUCUCAAAAUAUGCAAUGUUUUACAUUGCAGGACUAAGGGGGAAAGGACAGUGCACCCAAACCACCUCAAUGAGCUGAAGUGGUCUGGGUGCCUAUAGUAAUUCAAAGGGCUUUCACUCCUGGUUAGUCAAAAGUGCCCGGUGCUGGUCUAGCAAAAUUACAACAUCCAAAGUAAUGGCCGCACUCAAAGGACUUCAAAAAGAACAUUUGUUAAAAUAAUACUUAGCUUUUAUUAAUACAUCUUAAAAAAUAAGUAGGGGUACUUUCAUCAGGAAAAAAUAAAACCUUUUUUUUUUUUUUUUUUUGAAGUCCAUUGAGUGCAGCCAUUACUUUGGAUGUUAUAUAUAUAUAUAUAUAUAUAUAUAUACACACAUACAUACAUAGAAAGAGAUAAGACGUUUUAAAUAUUGUUUUUCUUUUACUCUCCUCUUCUUACCAGAUGUCGAGUUUCCAUGAUAACCUGGUAAAAGCUGUCCAGUCCGCACAUGACCAGACUCCAGUGCCAGGCCGUGCCAAUGGGGUCCUGAUCUUAAGCCAACCUCUUUUGAUUGAAACAUAUGUUGGGUUCAUGUCAUUUGUCGGAAACCGCAACAAACUUGGCUAUUCGCUGGCAAGAGGCAGCAUUGGGUUUUAA